GUAAGAUUGACGCCGGCUCAGCAACUCAUUCAGAGAGAGUUUGAGGUGAGUACCAGGCACCGGUGAGUAAAUAAGCCAGAUUCUGUGUGAAGGUUGAAAAACCUUGAAAGCAAACUCGCUAAAAACAGCUUUUAAUUUAAACCAAAUUUGAAUUUUUUUAGGGUCAUGAGCUGUUGUUGACCGUUGACUUGAUUCCUCGUGAGGAGAGAGGCGACGUUGACAGCCAGCGGUGUAACCAACUGCCACACACGCAUUCAAAGUGUCCGAGCUGCUGUCGGUGGAUGACUUCGCUUUGUUCCUCGGCUUCUUAUUAAGGUAAUGGAGGAGAGAAAGUCACGUAAAUGUGCUCGGACUUACACUUUUCUCGUCGUUUCAGCCUGUUGACAGGCUUGAGGAAGGAAAAAAAAGGUCAUGUAAGAGGUGUUUCUCAUGUGGUGGUCAUCUUGUAAAAUGGCUGGGAUGAGUCUUCAUUUAGGUUGAGUGUUUUUUCAGCCUAUUAAUAACUGAAUGAGGCUCUCGGCGAGGCGGAGUGGAGGGUGAGGAUGUGGUCAGCGUUGUUGUUCAUUCAUUCAUUAUUCAUUCGUGUGAGCAGCAGCAUGGCAUGUCUGUGAUGUCUGAGGUCAUAGGGUCACAUGAUAACAAAAAAAGCCAUCUUUUAGGAGUAAGUUUGUGAUGGAAAUAAACGUGAAGAUGAAUCUUUAAGCCUCAAAAUGGAUGCAGGUUCAUCUUUUUUUACUUUAAACUGUCAGAAAAUCAUAAACAUAAGGCUCCUUACAAUCAUUUUCCAUUCAAGGAAAAUUCCAAUUAGCAAUAUCAUAAUGAAAACACAUAUCAAAACUUCAUAAAGGCUUCAAAUCAAAUUAAAAAUUGAUUAACCUCAUGACAUUUAUCAUGUACUGUACGUAGUCUGUUUUUUAAUAUAUCAUCUGGGUAUCAGUUGCAGCCAUCUGCCCAGUUGCUGCAUAUCAUCCUGUCCACAAAUAAUUUGACAGGCAGCCAGUCGAAGUAGGUUAUAUCUGUUACAUUUCACCACAUCAAUGGCAAGCAAGGACGCCCACUGUUUGAGCGAUAUGUAUAGGUUUGCUUAUGGGAUCUUAAAAUGCAUAUGUGUGGGAAAAAAAAAAUCAUGAUCUGGAAAAAGCUGUGUGUAGGCUGAAUUAUUGUUAAUAUUUGAGGGGUGUUAUUGUACAUUAAAUUUCAAUUGGAACGUUACAGCAUUUGGGUAAUUUUAAAAAAGGAAGCAAUUGUUUUACAGACUAAAAGGCUUGUUUUGGAAUAAUUUUAUAUGAAUCCGUUAAAUUAAAGGUCGGUUUGAUUCAUGCCAUUCAUUUUUUGCAACUGGAAGAUAGUGUUGAGUAGGCCUAAAUAACCUUGCAUUGUAAAAGAAUCUUUCCAUUAUGAAAAUCAUCUGGAACCCUUGCCUGUGCAGAGAAAUAAAUGACAACAAAAUAAAAUUAGUAAUAGAAAUGCAACUGGAAAAAAAUCUCAGGAAUCAGAAUCAGCUGUUAGAGUACUUAAAAUUUGGAUGUAAAUGUGAGCCAAUCAGAAAGCACGAAACAACAUUAUAAUUCAGAGUUUCCACGUGCUAAAAAGUUGAUAAUAAAGUGGCAUUUUUGUUCAAGUUUAAUACUUUAAAUGAUACACAGUACACGUGAAGAGCAAGUUGCUGGCAUGUAGCGAACUCUCUGCAUCAAACCUGCGUGUCACAGAUGGAAAAAUGAAUUGGAGCUGAAGUUAAUGGGAACUUUUUUCACAGCUGACACUUGACCUCCUAAAUGCUGGUGAAACCAAUAACACUAAUUACUGCGUUUAUGUUGUUAGCUUACCUAAGCUGUCGUUCACGUUAUUGGUUCCAUCUGUGUGCAUUUGCCGUCUGUUUCGAAUCAAAUGUCUGCUGUGAAAGGUUUGAAGUGUGAGUCUGAUUCUUUUAAAGGAGCUGGAAACCUGUUAAAGGCCCUAAAAAAUCCAUAAAAGAAGGAAACUACUUGAAAAAACAGUUUGAGCAGUUUCAAUUCCUUUGUUGUUAUGGUACCAAUCUCCCUUAUUUUUGCAUUCAUUUUGGUUGAUUGAUCAAAAACAUAAUCACAUCAUUCAUAGGGGUGUUAUUUUCUGUUUCCAAAGAGGAGUGUGAUAGAAGAAAGACUGAGAGUCAACCAGUUUUAUCAUUAUGACUGGAAAAAUUAAAGCUCAUGUAAUGGAAAAUUUUAUGUGACAAUUUUGGCACCUACUGUGGACAAGAAAACGUGUUUUAUGCCCCUUUACUUAUUUAAUUCUAUACAUAUGAAAUAAGUCAGGGCUUGACACUAACUUUUUUCACAAGGACCACAUGUACUCCUUAGUUGAAAAAGUUAGGAGCACACGAAGACCUUUUAGGGGCACAAUGAAAAAACCAGCAAUUUAUUGAUCGGUACAUCGGUAGAUUUGCAGUGAAUGUCCGUCGAACAUCCAACCUAAAACUAACUUCACCGCAAUAUUUACAUGAAAAAACAUUUGUUGCUUCUGCUGAUUUUUUUUUUUUUAUGCGCACGUGUGCCCCUUAAUAUAUUCUACAAUUCGCACACAUCUAGAUUUAGUCGCAAAUGCGAGUGAAACGGUCGCACUUUCGAGCCCUGUAAGUGUUUUAAAAGAUCUUGCUUUCUGAAAGUAAAAAACACCUCACUGUGAAUUUUUUAAAAAGUUCUGUCUUGGCAGUGGGCCUCUUGUCUGACAUCUACCCUGCUACAGCGGAAUUAUAAGUGUUAAAAAUAUCGAUACAGAAAUAAUCAACCUUCACCCUGGUGACCUUGAUUGGCUUUGUAGCUCAUGAGGAGGCAUCCCUGUUUAUUCUGGUCUGUUUUAAAAAGCUCCUCACAGGAGCUUUAAGUACUAGAGGAAGUGUAUAAUGAUUUAGAUAAUUGAGAGCUGUCCAUGCGCCAAGAGACCCAAUCCAACCUCUGUGCGGUCACCUCCAGGCCCUUGCUCCCCAGUUUUGGCACCUUGAUCCCAGAAUUGCUUAUCUGUCACAUGACUGAGAGAAGUCAGGACAUGCCCUCUGCCAGGAUAGAGGAAGGAUGUGUCCGUCCUGCUGACUCACUAGAAUCAUCUCCACGUGCUCUGCAGGUCAUCUAAGGAGCUGUUUAACUGUGAUGUAAGGCUGAUACACCAGAUAAAAGUGAGAAUCUUUUCUUAGGGACUCUUAAAUCAAAGUCGAACCACAUUACGUUUCGCUUAUAAAACCUGAACACCUCAAGGACUCAAACAUCAGCAGAAUCUGUAAUGUUUGUCUCGGUGAAUCUGACCUUGUUCAUUCGCCAGCACUCGGAUUCCUGAGCGGUUCAGCUUUGCUUUUGUCGCAUAAUCCUGCGCAGCGUUAAAACACAUCGGACAGAUCCACCUUAUCUUGUUCAUCACACUCUCAGCCUUUAUUUGUUUCCCUCCGCCUCAGUGAGAACCGUCAAACAGACUUUGUUAACAGAUUUGUAGCGGUCAAAGAAGCACAAACAGUCAGGCAGUGAGAGUCCACAUUCCUUUUGUGAAUUGCUUGGUCAUGCAGAAGACAAGGAAGGAAAGGAGGUAGAUAACUUAUUUUUCUAUGGCCUUUAUGUUUAUUUUACCUUCCCCUGCGCAGAUAAGGAGACCCAGCAAGUCCCUGAACACAUCACCCCGAGAUAUCACUCUCAACCUUCAGUAAACACCACUGUUACAUGUCCUUUUUUCUAUUGGAAAUCAUGGAGUUACAUCAUUGUGUUCAUUGCUUUUUGCUAGCUCAGCAGUCGCUCUGUUCUCGCUAACUAAAUUGAAUUUAAUUACCAAUACACGCAAGUACUGCACCCCAGGACAUGCAUUGUUUAGUUCUGACGACUGUCCCCCCACAUUAAACUCCAUUAGGCUGUCUGACGCUGGAGUUUUUGGUCUCCUAGGAGCGUCUAAUUAUACACACAAAUCCAUAAAACAUUAUCAAGUAUCCUUGCUUCUGUCUGCUUUCUAUUCCCCAUCAUGGUGUGAGUUUUAAUUUCAUGCCUUUUCAUGAUUUUCUAGCGUAUUGAUAUAAUUUUGUUUCCCAGGAAUUGAAUAAAUGGCUGAUUUAUGUUUGACCAGAGAGAUCUUUGUGAGGCCUUUUGUUUUUUUUUUUGCUUUGGGAGCCCAGGGGAUAUUUUACUCCCAGUCCCAGUCUGAGUCUCAUGAGAGUAAAUACAGUUAUUAUAAAGUACAGACAGGUCAGAGCUCCACAAUUACUGUGUUUCUGUGAGAACAAGGCUCUACCUUUUAUGUGGAUGGUGCAACCCGAGCUGGGAUGGAUGGAAGUUUUGGCUAGACUGUGCCACGCCCUCACGCUACAGCUGCAGCUGGAUUGGACUAGUCUCAUCUCUGUGUGUUCAGUUGAGGAUGAGAAGAGUCACUAAACCGUCUGAUGUGAUAUUCUGUUUAUAUCUUUAACACAAUUUUUAUCUGCAUUUAUCUUUUCAUGGGCAGAAGUUGAAUUCCUUUGGGUGAUGCACUGGGGAGUUGUAAUUCCUUUGCUGGCAUUAGUCACCAGAAUUUACAGUAACAGGCUUUACAAUCAUAACAUGUCAGAGCCGACUCUGUUGUUCAAGCAGUAUAUGUCACUGGGAAUUUCUGGGCCUUUUGCCAUCAAAAUGACUGUGUGACUCAGCAUAUUCACCUCAUCCUUAAGUGCGUUUUAGCAUCUUUCAGCUGGUUGUUUUGACUUUUACUUCAGGCUCAGCUGCAGCAGGUAGCUGUUUUUGGCAAAUGUCUCUCACAUCUCUCGCUGUACGUUACCUUCCCAGCGCCGAACAACUGACAAAGUUUGCAACUAGCUGUGAAUGUAGUGGAGAAUUUGGCAGCUGAGGAGCCUCAUGUUUUCCUCAGGAGCUGUAAGAGUAAAGAGAAGUGAAUUGAGCUUGUUGUGCUGGACUAAAGUUUCCCAAAGUGACUUAAAAAUAUUGUUUGCCAUUUCAUUUCUGCCAAAUAUUGCUUUACAAAUGUCAACUUAAGUGUCACCAGGCUUCAUGUUUUAACUAGAACAAAACAAAACAUGGAAAAAUCCCAGUGAGCGCCCUUUUUUCUUGCAUGUUAAGCUGUCCUCCCCUUGAACAUGAAUUGCUGACACUCCAGCUGACUGAUGCGGCUUGUUAUUUUGAACUUUGUCUCAUAUUUCCUUGCACAUUUGUCACCAUUUAAAAAUAUGUGUCAGCCUCCUGCAGCACUUCAAACACCCUGAUCCUCCUUGAAGGUAGAAAAACUCUCGAGCACUGAUUGCUUUUUCUUUUCUGGGGGUUAGAGGACAAUAAGCAGUCGUUAUGUAAGCUGUAGUUGCCUCUUCAAUCCCUCUUCGCCUCAGAGACAGGUGCUGUCUUAGCUGCCAGCACAAAGCCUGAGCCUGAGACUGGACAAAGAGCCAGAUAAAGAUGGGCCCGCGUUGACUGAGUGCAGCUGUUAGCCGUUGUAGCCUGGAAGCACUCCAGUAUGUCUGCACAUAACUUCGCACAGUCAUGCUAAAGUGGCGGACCCUGCCAAAACCAAGAGUUAAGUCAGCGUGGCUACUGGACUGUGAAGAGUAGAGCAGGGAGGUAGAGACGUCUAUUUGUUGAAAGACUCGGGACGUGGCUGGGUGACUUCUAAACUGCUGAGCUAUUUCAGGCUAAAACACUCAGAGGGAACAGAAGCACUGCUAUCAACAUACACCGCCACCAAGUCCCCAUAGAGAUCCACAAACAGGGCAGCUAUCAGAGCAGCUGUGGAGGGGGUUGUCUUUAAAUUACAGCAGGAGACUUUAGUGGUGAGUCUUUAUUGAUGCAAGUUUUGGAUGUUUGAAAUGACUGCGCAGUUUACACAUCUUUUCCUACUGUUUUUCUAACACGAAUAAUCCAUCCUGGGUGGCAUCUCAUUUUUAGACGUGUAGGAAUACGGCCCUGGCAGAUUUGUUUUAGUCCUGAUGCAAGAGAAGAAUCACAGGAAGCUGGAGAGAGAACUUCCCAGUUUUGUUAACACGAUGUGUAAAGCUAGAAAAACAGAAGGAAGGACGUUAUUGUGCAAAAAAUAAUAAUUUCAAAUGCUAUUUUUAUCCUUUUAUUUGUUUAACCACAGAAAGCAUGUUUUCAGAGUUCUUUUUGAUGUGGUAAAGUUUGCUUCUGAUAAAAAAAUGAAACACAAAAAAGUCACAAAUCAGCAAGAAUCCGGACAUUGCGGUUAAGUGUUUGUGAAAGAAGCGUGCCUUGUGUUCGUCAUGGUUAAGAAAUAGUAGCGAUCUGACCUUGCAGGCAUAAAGUCACACCUCUUUAUAUAGUUGACCACAGUGGAUAAUGCUAUUAUUAUCAGCACACUGUUGAGACUGAGGAAAGCCCCAGACUUUGAAGUGGACUUCAAUUUUAGCUGCUGGAGGCUUUGACUCUGUUUCUCCCCCCGCAAGACAUGCAUGUGACUCCACAUCCCUGGGGACAAACAAUUUCAUCACACACAUACACACACACACACACACACACACACAUGCAAGGCUCCUCCUGAGUUUAGGUAUUUCUUUAGCCCUAAGGCUCAUAUAAGCUGAUGUGGAAUGCAGCUUGAUUAUUUAGCGAGCGGGUAAGCAACCUGUUUAGAUCACAGCUGCUCUUUGUUCGCUGCAAAAACAUGAUUAAUCUGGCGGCUUUUAUGACUUUGGAUGGGAUUAAUGGUGUAGUUGUGUUUGUGCCACCAUGACAAGAGAUGUUUUUCUUUGCACUGCCAAAUACACAAUUAACCUGCAGCAAAGCGAGGUGUUUUUAAAGGCAAACGCAUUUACCAGUACCAGCAUAUAAUCAAUAAGAAACUCUAAACCAGAGGAGACAUUAACUUCAAGUUUGGAAAUGUUAGUCUCCACAAGUGACAAGCUGUUAAUAAUUAAAGCCAUAUUAGGCAACAAGUCAUUGGUUCCCCUUGUGCCUUUUUUGGACAGUGCAUUAAUGUUUGCAGCUGACUUCAAACCCCGAAAAUGUGCUCAAGGUUUCUCUUUAACAAAAUGUAAACCAAUGCAAGGCUAUAAAUCUUCAGGGUUUGCAUGAUUUGAUUCCAUAUUGAUUACUUAUUCACUCUCAUUACACAUCCCUAGAAGCCUCUGGGCAAAAAUGCAUAAGCUUUUAUGAGAAGCCAAAUUGCCUUGUGUUAUAAAGAAAGCGGCUGCAUUAUGACUCACUCGCUGUUCUGCAGUCUGUGUAGUUUGAAAUGAGAGGUGUCAUUCAUUUGCUUGAAUGCGGUGGUAAACAAGGCUUUUGUCCUUUCAUUUUGUCCUUGACUUUUAUAAUGUUGAAAGCUUUCGAUUCAGCAGCUGGCAACUUAUUGUCUGUGUGUCGACAUAGGAGUUUGUGCCACCCCUGUAGAUUUAGAAAGAGACUGCUGUAGACUUUAAGAUUGCACAUACACUAUUUCUAAAUAGGUGUUAUAAAUGUGUAAUUAAAGGAUAGUUAAGUGUUUUUUUUGCAGGUGGUAACUUUGAAAUGAUACUGCUUCAUUUGUUUAAGUUGCAAUAUAGCCAAAUGCAAUUUUCAAAAAUCUGCAGCUGCAACAUUUUUUUUUAUAAAGGUAAAGGUUUUACAAAAAAGACAUUACACUGACACACUCAUGUUAUGCAUUCCGUUUAUCAUCGCUCAAAGGAUGCCUUGUAUGUUACGCAGUAUGGUACACAAGCCAGUUUGCGCAUCCCUUGCUUCUAUCAGUGUAUCAGUGUUCAUCAAGGUUGUUUUUUGUGAAUGGAAAGGUAUGAAAUCCUACAAGCAGAAACUCUGGACCAGGAACUUCUAUCAACCUUAAAACAAGCUAGUGUGCAUGAUAAAAAUCGUGUGUAGAGUGUUGCAAGCAUAGACUGUAUAUAGAAUGGACGCCGUCUGCCUCCUCGCUGGGUGAGGCCACCGCAAGAACAGCACCCUCUGGUGACAGGUUGCAGUAUAGGUCAUAAAUCCCGCCUCUGCCAGCCAUCCUUGGAUGGACAGCUGUGGACAAACUUAAGAAACUUAUCACACAGAACAUAGUUUUUCCCCCCUGCUUGUGAUGUUGAUAUGUAGUUAUUUGAAGACUGGUUUGUGCUCAAGUCCUCUUUUUUUCAGUACAGCUCCGUUUUAAAAGUUAUUAGGGGGUUCAUGUUUUCUUUGAUUGACACUUGAUACAGCUUAUAGGUGUAUGAAGAUUGCGUAGCUCACCCAGGGGAUACGCUGUUUGAGACGAGUGUCAUCACAGCGUUUCCCCGGGGAAUUGACCGCCGAAUGCGUACAACACUACUACGCAAUGUUGGUUUCAGGAAGUGGAGAAAAAAACGCAGAAUUACCAAGAGCUUUUCGGCUUCAAAUCCAUAUACUGGCAGAAGGCGGAACCAAGUUGUCCAUAGUAAAUACAGACUAUGGUUGCAAGCUGAAGCUUCAGGCAUGUUUAAACUCAGGAUGCUGAGCACUGAAACUGCUGAACUGCUUUAAUUUUGUGAAGGAAAAUGGCACAAAUACUGCAACAAAAUGCUGUCAGUGGACACAGGUCCUUUGCCAUCAGCCCAACACUAGAGAUGUUCUGAAGUGACAAAUUUCCUCCCCGUUUGAACAGCUAAACUAAUUUGACUGAUCCAAACUUGAGUACAUGUCAAUGAACACAUCACAGCUAGAUCCACCUCCCUUUUUGUGAAUUUCUGUAGCAUUUUGAUUCAUUGGUUUGUAAAAAAAAGUGAUUCAGGUAGAAUGAGGACAUUUCAAUUGGCUUUGUCAUUAAAGAGAACGAGAUAAGAAGUUAAAAAUAGACUUUGCUUGAUUGAAACAUCACAAGCCAAACAGGCAGAGAAUGAGUGUCUCAAUGAUUUGUUUGAGGCAGAUAUUGAUCACCGGGGGUUGAGUUCCACCUGAAGCUUGGGGUCAUUGUGUGAGUGUGCGUGUUUGUGUUUCACUUGUAUAGAUCAGUGUGUCUGGGCAGCAGCCUCUGACUCAGUGUUGACUGGGUCCUGGAGUCACAUGGCUACUUGUCAGCAGGCUGGAGGAGGAAACAUAAUCCUGAGGAGGAAGGCUGCCGCUAUCAGUCGCUGCAUGUUGCUCUGAGAGAGAGGCUCACCACUCAGCAGAAGCCGGACCGCACACGCUCUGCCAACGCUCACGCUCCACAUCUCUAACUCCUGUCCCUUUUGUCUCCCUCCCUCUCUCUUUUUUUCUCCCUCUAUUUGUUUUUGUCCUGCACUCUGACCAGACCCGGGUCUCUCUUCAACGGCGGAGUUCACAAUUGCACUACAAUGUCUGUGGCGGCUUCUCUGCUGUAAGCACACGAAGGUAUGGAGAAAAAUUAAUUUCUUUUUGUUUAUAUCGUCCGGUUGUUGUCUUUUCUCAUCGUUAAUUUCCAAGGCUUAGAUCUCGAUUAGGUGCUUCCAGCCCUGAUUGUAGUUAUGUCGAACAAAACUAAAUCAGAUUUUUGACUUGAUUCUUCAUCAGUGUCAAAAUUUCUUCACAUCCCGCUGAUUUGAGGAAAGUAGAGCUGACUCAGGCUAAAACCAUAAUGAUCUGUGACCUAAACUGUAAACAAAUCCUGCGCUGAUCCACAGGUUGCACAGCAGAGAAAGUCCUCUAACAUGCGGUUUUCAACCCACUUCGCAGGAAAAACAAAAAUUCCCACUGUAAUGAAUCUUAAAUUAGAGCCUUUAAAGGACAUGUUUUAAGGAAGUGAUGGCCCUCUAAAACGCUGACCACUCAUAGUUGCUAAAAACAGGCAGAUGUUCUCAUGGGCUUGUCUUCUUUUUCUUCCUAUACCACUCUCGUUUUGACCCAACUCUGGUUAUCUCACAUGAUUUAUUUUGCUUUAAACAGGUGAUAAAAGUGUUGAUUCUGUAAACUAAUGCUCACAGUGUAACAGCAUGUUAUUAUGUUAGAUAAAACAUUAAGGCCACUGAUUCUCUUCACGUCAUUUGCGACUAUCUUAAUCAGUGUUAAAGUGAAAAAAAAGCUGUCUAUUUACAGCCAAACAAAAACAAAUGAAUCAAACUCUGUCUGAUUUUUCUUGGAAAUGCGAUUUUUAAUGAAAUUUUCAACCUCUCCUCUCCUCCCUGUCAUUGUCGUGCAUUUAUGUUGUAAGUACUGGAGGUUUGGACAUUGUGAUCAAGUGUUUAUUCCUGGACAGGAAUUUUGAUCGUCAGUCCGUGCAUUAUCGAACUGUUCUUUAAUUAUGAACCUGGAGACGAGCAUGCAGACUGCGGUCAUCAUACACGCGCCAGGCUGCCGAUUGAAGCCGGGCGCUGGUCUGAGUGUUGUUCAGGGAGAUUACUGGGUUUGUUCUGGGCAGACUUGUACUGCGAGUUUGAGUCCAGAUCAAAACCUCCAUGCUGUUGUUAGACUGUCUCAUUACUUUUCUUUAAUGCCGUUUUGACGAUGAAAGGUCGCGUGAAAGGUCAGAGGGAGAUGCUGGAAAACAAGCUUAUCAUUUGCAGUCAAAGGAUUUUUACUUGGAGUGAUAAACCCUGGCAGCUGCCUCUCAGACAUUUCUUUUUAAAUGGUCAGUUGUCAUUUUGUGUUUAUAUAUUUUUCUUUAGAUUUUAUAGCGCUGUCUGCAUAAAUUCUGGCAUUAUUAGGUAGUUUUUAGGUAGAUCUGCCCAUCUCUUUCUAUCAUUCGUAAUCAGUUUUCAUUUAUUGAGCAUCAGAUCAUGACAAAGGACACCCUAUGAUGGAAGCAGAUUUAGACAUAGUUCUCUUUUCAAUAGUAUUAAUAUCAAUCCACCAUGAGCAAGCUGUAGGCAAAGAAAGCUUCAUUCAACAGGCAGAGACCUCAGGCAGAACCAGACUCAUAGAGUUUAGGCUCAGAAAAUAGAAUUUAAAAAACAAGUUUGAUAAAAUCAAACAUACAGAGCAACAGUAUAACAGACAUACGAGACUGAUGGCUAUUAAUGAUAGAAGCUGCUUUCACAUCCUAAUUCAACAACUUCUGUCGUCAUGCUGUAGUACUCACACACUGAGCUCUGCAGAGAUAUGGCAAUGAUGUCCCAGAGUCAAAGGUGGAAGAUGACUUGCAUGUAAAGUAGUUCCUCGACCUCAACCAAAGGAAAUAUAAACCUUCAUACACCGAUGACUGUAUAACCCGGGUUCAGUAUCUUGCACAAGGACACUUUGAUAGCUGCAUUUGAUAAAACACCUCAAAUUUCUCACAUAUUCAGAGGAAAUUCUCCUGUAAAUCUCAAGCUGAGGUCUGACUUUGAUCGCUGUGUCUGUUAUGUGAGUUAAACUCAUAAAAGGAGAUGUUAGCAGUUUUGUUUGUCACAUGCUCACACACACACAGGCAGUGCAAUAAAAUACUGAUAUACUAUUCCACAAAGCGCAUAAUCAUGGUAAAAAUAUGAGGAUAUGAAGCUCACAUAGCAGUACAGGAAUUAUACACAGGUCAUGCAGCCUAAGUAGAGCUGUCUGGAAGCAGCUGUCCUAUUUUGGACAGUUCACUCAUGCACAAAAAUCCUGAAACCAUCCAGAAGUUACCAAGGUGAACUGCAUGUAUGCACACAAGAGGCUGAGUCUUUCACCCUGACUGCUCUUUGAAUUUCUCAGUAUGAAUUUGGGGGAAAGUAGAGCCCAGCUGGAAACCUUUGGUAAAGGACGUUUAUAUUUUGAAUCAUUCAGCUGGUUCUCUGUCAAGUUUCGCUGCUUGGAUGAAAAGAAAAAUGCGAUAUGAGGCUGUAAACUUAGAGUUGUAUAAGAAUGAAGCAAGCAUAUUUUGGUACUCCAAUAUAAAAUCUUAAUUUAAGAUUUCAUAUAGCAUACCUCUAUUAAGUAUCCCCCGUCAAAUAACACCGCCAGUACAGAACUAUGUAAUAUCACCCCACUACUCUCUUCUUUUGCAUUGUAAGCGUAUAGGGAGCGUGUUUUAAUACUCCCCUACAUGAUCUUUAAUUAAGAUUUUAGAGGCAUAUCUCAGUAGGCUGAUAUCUUCUAUCAGAUAAUGUUUUCAAGAGGAAUAUGACCGUCCAACAGCGUACAGUAUUUUUUUAAUUACUGGAAAUGUGCAGCAUACCAAAGAGACUUUGUGAGGUAUUUUUGUGCUCAGUGGAAGAGAUGAGUCACCACCAUGUCCAAAUCUGAGAUCUUAACAAUGAUGGUAAAAUGUUCUUCAGCUGUCACCUUCCUAUAAUGUCAUGAUGCAAAUGUGAACAUUAGGGUGAUCCUGAGAUAAAGUUCACACUCAUUUUGUUGACGCCCUCAUGGAAGUGGUGUCCAGAUAACAGGAACCGAUAUUCACUUUACUCAGAAUCAUUGAAAUGCAGCUUUCUGGGGCAGAUUACGUAAUAUCAGCUGUUAAGAAAAUCACAUUGAAUAAGAUGAGUUUGAUUAAAGCUUUGGUGUCGAUUUUCAUCAUCAUUAGUCACUUAAAUUUGUGAAAUGUAGUGCUAAUACGAUAAGAUCUGUGAGAAUAACACCGUCAUACUUGUGAUUCAGUUGUUUAUUCUGUUUUCAGUGUGUGCUGCCUCUGUAGGAGGGACACAUGAUGGUGACAGUGACAGCCUGUCACGCUGUGAGAAAUCCAUUUGACUAAUAAUGACAAGAUGACACAAUUUCUAUUAAUCCAGAUGAGCUAGAGUAAAGGCAGAAUGAAGGCAAACAGUGGAUUGUUGAUUUUGUAAAAGAUCUGAUUUUUAUUCACAUUCAGAAGAAUCUCAGUUCCUCCUUACAGUCUAAAGCUUGUUGCCUUCUUCCUGUUUCCAUACUUCCUUCCCCUCAAACAGGCAGUUUUCCUAGAGUCCUGUAUGCACAUUUUAAGACUGUGACUAACUCUAGGAUGGAAAAAGUUAGGAGUGCAGAAAAAUUCCACUCAAAUCCUCUCCAACAAACAGUUUGCAAGUCACUAAACUUCUGGAUGACUCUGGGAAGAAGUGAUGGAGUUGUUCCAGGAGAAAUACAGAGCAUCUCGUCCUCAACUUCCUCCUGCGCUGUCAGCAAUCAGCCUUGUCCUCUCUGUCCUUUGGCUCAUUACCCGAGGGACUGACAGUUAUUUUUAUACAGUACUUGGAGUGAUUGCGCCGGACAGAAAACACUCAGGUAGUCGAGGAGCUUUUUUAAAACAAAAAAUCAGAACAAGCGCAGUUAUUUCCUUCUUCUUCUGAUCACUAUUGUUUUCCGUAUCAUUACAGACGUGCCCUGAGGUAGGUAAGCCGGUUCCCAUGCUUUCCACUCAGUAUCCCAGGGUUCUGUAACUUUAUCCCUGUGUAGCCGGCCCUGCCUUUUCCUCAGCAGGAGGGGUCUAGGUUUACUGAGAAAGUAAUCUUCAAAAACACGCAAGCUGAUUUCAAUUGACUCCUUUAUCGCCAUUACCACACAGAUUGCAACGUCUCAGGCGAGGGAAAGCUGUUAUUGUGAAUAGAACAGCUGCUAGGAUGUAAUUUGGAUUUGGCCUAGUGAUUACCAUCACGGCAGAACAAACAAGGAGCAUUGCCAAAAUGUUGUGGAGCCUGCUCAGCGUCUCUGUUCCAGCUCUCCUUGGCAGGUGAUGUCUUUGUUAAACCCACAUUUUAACACAGCCUCAUAUUGUCCAGCUCCGCCAUAAUGCCACCUUACAUUUAAUCUCCUGUCAUUGAUCGUGUUUAAUGAAAGAUGCUGUAACUGUACCGCUCAGAAAUCUCAUGCUGUCAACAAGGUCAUUGAUAUGAUUGUGCUCGGCCAUCAGGGAGGAUUAUCGUUUCUUUGAUAGCUGCUGUCAGAGGGCCAGAGUGGCUUUGGCAGGACAAGAUUUCUUACUGUGACACAGAAAGAGGAACAAAAAGAGUAACAUUCAUUUGCUUGUAGGAGAGAGAGAAACCACUGUUCUGUUGUAAAUGCUGCCUGUGAGAAAAUUUGACUUAAACUUUAGGAAAGUUUUAGCUAAUGAGAAGGACUGCUGGGGUGCCUUGUCUAACUAACAAGUGUAAAAAUGGGCUUUUAUUGUCGUAGUCAAGUAAUUUAAAUGAGUUAUAUUUUAGUUAUGUUGUAUCAACUAAUUGCUAACUUUUGUAAAUUGAAGUUGGUCUGUAAAAUACAGCCUACUUUCUCUUGAUUCUGUUUAAAAAAAAUUAUGAGUAACUUCUUCCACUUUAGUAAACUAACAUGAUCAAUACUGUUAACCUGUCUCAUAUCUAACCACUGUUACUGACUGGUCAUAACCCUGUAACAACGUUUAUAAACCAUUCAGGCAAAAGAAGUUUACAAGUGUCUGAGUUCACCUGUUGACAAUGUGGCAAACAGCAUGAAGGUUAUUUUUAUGAUCACAAAACUUAAGAUUCAUUAUUAGUAAGAAAGAAGAGAAGAGAAAAGAACCUAGUGAGGAAAACUAGCAAGGAAUGUUAUAAAAUUAAGAAACUGAGUCAAGAGACAUCAACCAAAUUGAAGAAAACAGACACAAAGCAUCCAAAAACCACAGAUGGAGCAAUAAUUUUGCCUUAUUAUGAAUAAAAAUGAUCAGUUUUGUAUGAUUUAUAACACUACAGCAGGGUAAUGUAAGAGUGAUGUGUAGAAAAGUCAAUACUUAGCCAUAUCUGAUUGGUUAAUUGAUAUCUAACAGUCAGAUUCUGGAUUUAAAAUGCUCCCCUUACCUCUUCCUGUCAAGUUUUUGUCAUCAAAAACUUCUACAAAUGCAAAUUAUUUUGCAAGCAGCAAUAACUUCUCUGGUCUUCAUUGUCCAGAGCACUUUUUCAGGAUGUUGUUUCGAUCAGCCUACAAUCAAUAGAGAGGAAAAGUACUUUCUUUGUUAUUAAAAACUCAAAAUAUCAGUUGCUGUUUAUCGCUCAUUUGAGAUUUUGAGACUGUUUCCUCGUCUUCAGCCACUGUCAGUGUUUGUCUCAGUCUCUUUGAGGUUCUUCUUUUUAAAGUGAAACAAACAUUAAGUAUGAAUACAGUAACAGUUAUUUUCCAAGCUAAAAAAAUGAUUUAUCUCCUUCCAGACCGAAUGCUACAUCUCCAUUUAUUGUCCUUGUGUGAUACAUCUCUCCUUAAUCUUGUACCCUGUGUCCUUUCAUAUUUUCUUUUGGAUACUUGUGGUUGAACUGUUUGUCAUACAGGGAUGACUGGAGAUUGACAGUGUGAGGUUUUCUUAGGCUGGUGCCACCACUUAUCAAAGGGUUUUGCACAGUAGCGCUGUGUUAUCAGGCUCUUAUCGGCUUCUAAUGGUUAAUGACCUUCAAUUGGCGUUGGCUGCAUGGCCUGAAAUCAAGAAAGACAGAAAAGAUACAGAGUCAGUGUUUGUACAAAUAUAUCAGCAUAUACUUUAACCAUUGUUGCCAUAACUAUUAUGUCAUUGUUAAGUGUUUCCACUUAGCCAUUAAAGUUCUCCAAGUGUAGGCCAAGUGAUUUAGGGGACUAUAGGUACUUGAGCAGCUUCCAGGAUAUCCUCUGUUACUUCUUAGUUAGGCCACACAUCGCAGGACAGAGGGAAUUAGGGCAGUGGAGCAGGAUUACCUGGGCUGUAGAUAGAUACUGUAAAUAUACUUUUUUUUUUUUCUUUACUGAGUUGGUUUGCAAAAAGUGUCUACCCCUAUAUCUCUCAAAUUUCUCAAACUAUAACUUCUCUUUGUCUUAGCUGUAUUGUGGCUGUUGCACCAGUUGAUUCAAUACUUGAACUCCAGAUUGAAAUAAUUUUAAAUUGGUAAAUUUAUUGAAAUUUCUGAGGAGAUAUACAGGUGCUGGCCAGUAAAUUAGAAUAUCAUCAAAAAGUUGAAUUAUUUCAGUAAUUCCAUUCAAAACGUGAAACUUGUAUACUGUAUACUUUCCUUCCACACAUAGUGAUAUAUUUCAAGUGUUUAUUAAUUUUCAUUUUUAUUAUUACAACUGACAGCUAAUGAAAACACCAAAUUCAGUAUCUCAGAAAAUUAGAAUAUUCUGAAAAGGCUCAAUAUAGAAGACACCUGGUGCCAAACUAAUCAGCUGAUUAACUCAAAACACCUGCAAAGGCCUUUAAAAGGUCCCUCAGUCUUGUUCUGAAGGCUCCACAAUCAUGGGGAAGACUUCUGACUUAACAGUUGUCCAAAAGACGACCAUUGACACCUUGUACAAGGAGGGCAAGACACAAAAGGUGAUUGCUACAGAAGCUGGCUGUUCGCAGAGCUCUGUGUCCAAGCACACUAACAGACAGGCGAAGGGACGGAAAAAAUGUGGUAGAAAAAAGUGUACAAGCUCUAGGGAUAACCGCACCCUGCAGAGAAUUGUGACGACAAACCCAUUCAAAAAUGUGGGGGAGAUCCACAAAGAGUGGACUGCAGCUGGAGUCAGCGCUUCAAGAACCACCACGAAGAGACGCAUGAAAGACAUGGGGUUCAGCUGUCGCAUUCCGUGUGUCAAGCCACUCUUGAACAAGAAACAGCGUAAGAAGCGUCUCGCCUGGGCCAAGGACAAAAAGGACUGGACUGCUGCUGAGUGGUCCAAAGUUAUGUUUUCUGAUGAAAGCAAAUUUUGCAUUUCCUUUGGAAAUCAAGGACCCAGAGUCUGGAGGAAGAGCGGAGAAGCACAGAAUCCACGUUGCAUGAGGUCCAGUGUAAAGUUUCCACCGUCAGUGAUGGUGUGGGGUGCCAUGUCAUCUGCUGGUGUUGGCCCACUCUGUUUCCUGAGGUCCAAGGUCAAUGCAGCCGUCUACCAGGAAGUUUUAGAGCACUUCAUGCUUCCUGCUGCUGAUCAACUUUAUGGAGAUGCAGAUUUCACUUUUCAACAGGACUUGGCACCUGCACACAGUGCCAAAACCACCAGUACCUGGUUCAAGGACCAUGGUAUCCCUGUCCUUGAUUGGCCAGCAAACUCGCCUGACCUUAACCCCAUAGAAAAUCUAUGGGGUAUUGUGAAGCGGAAGAUGCAAUACGCUGGACCCAACAAUGCAGAGGAGCUGAAGACGACUAUCAGAGCGACCUGGGCUCUCAUAACACCUGAGCAGUGCCACAGACUAAUCGAGUCCAUGCCAUGCCGCAUUAAUGCAGUGAUUGAGGCAAAAGGAGCCCCGACUAAGUAUUGAGUGCUAUACAUGGGCAUUCUUUUCAUGUUCAUUCUUUUCAGUUGGCCAACAUUUCAAAAAAAACAUUUUUUUUCAUUGGCCUUUUCAAUAUUCUAAUUUUUUGAGAUACCAAAUUUGGAGUUUUCAUUAGUUGUCACUUAUAAAUAUCAAAAUUAAAAGAAAUAAACAUUGGAAAUACAUCGGUCUGUGUGCAUUGCAUGAAUAUAAUGUACAAGUUUCACUUUUUGAAUGGAAUUACUGAGAUAAAUCAAGUUUUUGAUGGUAUUCUAAUUUACUGGCCAGCACCUGUAGGUCACCUAGAAGAUGAAUACACUCGUGCUUUUAAGCGCAACCAUUACGUCACAUUUUGUCUUGGACAUUUAUUUGGCUAAUGACGAAUUACCUGCAAAAACUAAUGAGACUCCUGCCCGCCUAUCAGGGAUAUUACUGUGGACACAAGAGCAAAAGAAAUCUCUUUUGGGCCAGAGGCUGCAAGGCUGGUUAGCUAUUGUUGAUAGCCAAUCAUACGUCCCCCAGUUAGACCUAAUAGACAUACAAUAGACAUACAUUAGCAGCCAACACUGAACUGUUUGCAUCUUAUGUGAAUAACCCUUUUCUUGCAUUAUCUCACAAUUGAUCAUUUUGACACGAUAGAGACAUUGGUUCAACACAAACUGCAGCCAUCUUGGUUGUUUACGAAAAGCUAAAUCAGCUCUCAAACCCUUUGGUUAUUAGAUAAAUUGCUGUAAUCAGUUUGACCUGAAUCAGCCAUGAGAGAAGUGAGUGUGUAGGAGGGACCGUGCUCUUUAAGACAUGAGCUGGUAGAUUUUUUUUCCGAUCUCAGUCUAACCCCCCCCCCCCCCACCAUGCUUUUAACUUUAAGAUUACUAAUAUCAUGAAAGUGGCAACAUUAAUCCUGCUUGAAAAGUAUCUCCUGCAGAGGCCCUAAAGGUCAAUAUUUUCUGAACAUAACAAACGCAUCAUAGAAUACCAAACACAUCUCACUCUCAUAUCAAUAAUAAAGGAAUAAUGUUUCACUUAACACAAACACAUUUCUCAAAACACAAAAAUAUUUCAAGCAACCCAAAAAUCAUUAAUAUGAUAUUAAAAAAAUAUUUAAAAUUAUGCAGAAAUAUUUCACAAAAAGCAUGACAUGUUCUUCUGCAAUACUUUUGAUUAUUUAUUUAUUUAUUUUUAUUUUUAUUUUAUUUAUUUUUUUUUUUUUUUUGGGGGGGGGAUGUUUGUGCAUCUUUUGAAAAAUGUUUCUUGGUGAGAUUUUUCUUUCUCUUGAUGUUUUGACAUUUUGUGAAAUGUUUUAAUCAUUCCAUGAAAUAUUCUGGUAUCAUGAAAACUUUUUGCACUUUGUAAAUAGAUUUUUGUGUGUGUGUGUGUGUUGAGUUUAAUUUUAUCCUGUGAUUCAUGAGAAAAAUAUUGUAUUAUGUGAAUCUCAGAGUUUUGUUUUUCUUGUGUUCACCAUCUCCUGCUCUGUGUGUGGACUAAUCCCCUGAUCUGUAUCUGUCUCCAGGUUAUGCUGCCCAAAAGCUGUCUGAGUCCCAGUGAGAAAGAGAAGGGCUAAAGCCACACAAUCCACCCCAGCUUUCCGGUUAGCUCUCCAGCAGCGACUUCACUGUGGAGCUAUGAGCAGCCCCAGCGCUCCAAACAAGAUUACAGAUGCUGUGGCAUCAGUUAUUCACAGCGUGAGUACACAUGGCCACACACACAACAGCCUCAGUCUGCCCUGUCAGGUCAGACACGGCCACAUGAUACAACACAUGAGGGCGAGUUUGUGACCCUGGUGACAAACCAGGUGAAAUGGUAUUUUAAGAGAAAGUAGACCCUUUGACCGUGUCAUUCAAAAGACUGUAGAUAUACAGCUACAGACUGGCCUCUAUACUUUAGCUCAUAUUUUGGCGGUGUUGGUGAAGAUUUUUGCUACAUCAGCUUCCUCUGUCCUCCCUGGCAUCAGAGUUUAUGUCUUUUGGACAGUCCUGCUCCCUCCAGAGCCGUGUCUGUACAAAUCUAGACUCAACUCAAAGCCAGUUCCUCAGUAGAGUGUUUCUUACUAUGAAAAUGAAAUGUUCAAAAUAGUUCAGAUGUAAUUUAAAUCUGCACAGAGCUGCUUCUGCUGCAUUUCCCUUUUCAUUAGAGCUCAGAAGAAUGUCAUCAGUUCCACAACAGAGACGUUUCCUUCCUCUUUUCUUUAAUUCAAUGUUCUACCCGUGUUGGAAGCACUAAAAUAAUAUUGGCCCGUAAUGAAAAAUGUAAUUGUACGGCUGCUGGUGGGGUUGAUGUGAUAAACACGGUGCCUAGAGGGCAGCUGGUCAGCAGCCAAAGAAAGCAGCAUUCCUUAACCUAAGAGGUUCUCAACAAGUUCAUCUCAGGAUGAUUAAGAUGCUGCAGCAGAAAAUAUCACCGGCUUUAAAGAAAAAUCCAUAGCUUUAUGAUGUUGUAUAGUGAAAGUUUUCAGCAGUUAGUGAGUUCCAGGGGUGGUGUUAUCCCAGAAAAUUUAAGUUCAUUUACCACAAUGAUUUACCACCUUUUUUAUGUUUGAAUCAAAUUUAUGGACUUCUAUGUUUCCCAGAAUUUCCCUCAAAAGCUUUAAAGUAAAGAAAGAUCACUGUGUCAUAAGUUAGAAGUCAUGUUUACAACACAGGGGAAGCACAAAAUAAGAUUUAGCUCAUCAUAAAGGCAACUUCUAACCAGUUCAGCUUCAUAAUGGCACUCUUGAGAGGUAACUUAUGACUUAAACUUCAUAUAUUCUUGUUCAGUCUGUCUAUAAAACAUGAUAAUUGUGUUUAUCUGGCAGCGGAAGAGUCUAGUUCUUCUUCGCUCCAACAUCAAUGUAGGAAACCCUCGCUUUCGCUUAGCUUUGCAGUUUUUUGUCAGUGUGCGUUCAGCUGCUUCCCUUUCCAGGGUUGCAAAAUUUGCAACCCACACUGACACGUCUGUAUCUACCGACAUGGACUCUGGAAGGCUUUUCCUCGCUGGACAUAAACAACACCAGUUUGAAAUUUAACCCCCACAGUUCAGACUCAGAAUGUAGAAUAUUUCAGGAGGGGACAAACUGUAUAUAUGAAACUCGACUGCUCGCCCACGAAAACAGAGAAGCCGUUCAUUUCAUCAGCUCUCAUAGUUCGUUCCACACUGACUUAGUUCUUGUUUUUAACCCAAAUUUUAAGUAACUAAUCAUGAACAAAUAGUGAUAGUAAGUUGUCGUUGUCAAACCAUAUCACGAAAUUUCCAUUUUCAACUUUCAACCAGCACUCCCAGGCACAAAUAUUGGUCCUAAAAACUUUUUCUUGGUUCAUGUUUUGUCCGAACUUUAAAGACUGAGAUUUGAAAUGAUUCAACUUUGAUCACUUACCCUGAAAUCUGCUUUGUGUAGUACAUACCAAUACAAAUCCCACAUUCAGUACAAGUAUGAGAGCAAUCUUUUUAGAAAAUUAUAAUCAUCAGUGUAACUAAAAGCCGUUAAUAUCUGGGGAGUAAUCUGAUUUUGGCCGCAGACAUUACAAACCCUGUUAUGGCCGACUCUUUCUGCGUCGACAAAAGAGUCUGUUGGCUUUUUUCCUAAGCAGCAAACUCCAGUAUUGGAAAAAUGAAGCCCAGGCAGGAGCGCCAAAAACAGCAGUUCCUCGAAUAUCCAAUUGAGGCUGGUUGUAAUAAUUAAGGAUGUCGUUUAUUUCUCCUUUUAUUAUUUUUUUCGACUCCUCUGUUUUGAAUGUAAGACGGCUGAGAGUUGUGCUUACAUUUGCAUAAUUGGCAGCACUGUCAAUAUGAUCCUGUUGAGCUUUCUAUCACCUCUUUAGAAACCUAUGCCUGAUGUAACUUAGACCACAUCCAUCAUGGUAUACAUCCUCGUCUCAUCCCAUUAAAUUUUGUCUAUAGCUUCAUCUAUAUCUAUGCAAUACAAACUGGAUAUUUCAUACAUAGUUCUUGCAUAUGCUCUAUAUCAAUUUCCCCUCCCGUAUGCACAAAAACCAAGUCAAAUCAAAGGAGGAUAUGAGGCAGAGACCUUUAUCAGAGAUGUUAGUGACUCACUAAAAGAGAGCUUGUUAGAGCCUGUAUGACUGUAUUGCUCUUUAUAGCCAGUAAGACAGUUACCAACAAUUAAACCCACUGAGAUUGUGGACUUUGCUUUAAUGUAGUUUGCCAGCACGUAGUCUGGUGACCAAGAAGCUCCCCGCAGAUAAAAAUGUUUGCUGUAAUGACAGUGUCUUUGCUGUUAUUGGUUGUCCUCUUGGCUCCAACUCCUGCCAGGUUAAUUAUUAUCUCUUUAACAAUGUGCGUUUGUGUACAUGUGCGUACUUGUGUGUGUGCUCAGGGAAGAGUUCAGAUAAUCCUCUCUAGAUUUUUAGGGGUCAACAUUGUGAAACUGAGUAAUGUCAUGGAGAGCUGCCCUGGUCAUGUGACGAGGGCUUGCUGAAAUGGGAAACAGGCUGCCUUCCAUAAAAGCAACGGUCCGUUGUUCUUUUACUUUUGACACUGGACAAGAACAAAGUGUUAUCUAAAUGAUUUUUUAAGCCGCAGCAGCUCUCUCGUGUCUAACUUGAUGGACUACAUUGACUAUCUGAUCUCAUUAAAGGUGAGUUUAUUCAGCUUUAAGGACCUGCAGUAACGUGUUCAAAACGUGGCUUGCUCUCUCUCUCUCUCUCUCUCUUUCUAUUUGUGAUGUCUAGUCUUGGUCUUAUCAUGUCCCGCCAAACAUUAAACAUUACCCUUAUAGUGCAAAUAGAGAUUUUAUUUAGCUCAAAGGUAGCCUCACUUUGUUUUUUUUCUCAAGGUAAAUUUAACCUCGACCUGAACUCUGCAGCUGGUUAAUGGUCACUCAUUUGCUUGUUUUUUUUUUCUGAUGCUUUUUUACUUUGUCAACAGCUCAUUGACUUUUCUCAGCCAUUAGCUAUCCGGGGUAAUAAUUACUACUUAAUGUUAACUCAAUGUGUCACUAGUCACACAAAGUCACCCACCUGGUGUCUGAUGGACUAUAAGAUACUUUCGGCCAGGCGAACGACCGUCCCAUCUGUUAAACUAAAAACUAUCCAGACCAUUGCGUUUAUGUCGCUUAUGUUCCCUCAAUGGAAUUUAGGACACAUUUUUAGAUGUACUUCUUUUCACUUCAUUGUUAAUAAUUACAUUUAUGCCAGACUGAGGUUAGUACUGUUAAACUUAAAGCUUUAGUCAUUAGACUGUUAGCUUAGCCUAGCAAACAGGCUGGAGAGAGGGAAGCACGUGUUUUAGAGAUACUGGUGGGAAGAUUUUGUUAGCUUUGAACAGAGCCAAGUUAAAAAGUUAACCUUUCUUUUUAGUUUUAAUGAUACAUUGAGUUAGACUGUUUCUGGCUAUAUUACAUCCUCUUCAAUGUUGAAAUAUACCUUAUAAACGUUCCAUUGGUCUACUUACCCUUUGCUUGGAAAAAGGAAGCACAUGUUUCUCUUGUUUAUAGGCUAUUUGGUGAUUAGCUUUUGCGGCACUAUCACAUGAGGUUGUUGGCGACCAUUGUAUCCCUCUCUCUGCAAUAGUAUGGAGUAUAUUUAUAUAAAUACAUCUGCAAAUGAAGGCUUAGCCCAGUGUAGAAACUGGAUAGAUAGGUUCUAAGGUAAUGUUACUGGAGAUACUGCUAUAAGUGAUUAUUAGCUUAAGACAAAGCUUAUCUAGUGUCCAAAUUUGGCAAUAAGCUUUGCUAGCCAGCCGCUAGCGUUAGCUCUAUAUUAGCAUAAAAGUGUUAGCAUAUUCAAAAAUGUUUAACUGUUCUUUAAAAAGAUAAAAGAUUUAUCUUGUGUAGGUUAACAGAAAUAAGUUUUACUGAUGUAGAUUGUUUUGUUUUGAAUGUUGUUUUGGAAAUACAUGAUGAAUUGGAUUUCUCUUGAUUUAUUGGUCUUAUCUAGAGACUGUGUAAAACAAGGACACGGUAACCUAACCUUACUCAUCAGUUUCUGAAGAGGCUUCAUGAAGCAUUAGGGCAUUUCAAGUGGGUACUUGAGAAACAGCUUUAUUUUUCCACACCUGAAGCUGUCAUUUGAGUCUUUGUCUUUUAGAUUUUCACAGCCCUCUUUCAGCCGUUUUAACCCCAGUGUUGGGAAACACUUGUCCAGACUAGGACAUGUACUCAAACUUGAUGCCAAGACAUUAUAUAUUGCAGUAGUGAGCAUUGAGAUUAAAGUGCAACCCAUAUCAGUGACUGUCAGUGAGACACUUGCUGCCUGGAAAUAAGCCACCAUACCUCAGAUAGAGGGAUGAGUGCAGUUCAGUUCACACCUCCUACCUAUCAUGCUUUAUGACUUUUUUCAUCCUCGCUCACUUCCUGUGAACUCAGUCUGGAAGUCACCUUAGAAAAACCCCACCCCAUCUGAGUCAGUGUUUGUCGGGACAUGUUAAACUGAUAGAAAGCAGUAAAAAACACUGUCCAGGGCAAAUGUUAUAUUUUGUCUGGCUACUGAAAACACUGUUCAUGAUAGGGAAUGAUGAACCUGACUGAACCUGAUGAACCUGAACCUGACUGCUCAGAUCCCAAUAUAAUCAGAGGCUUUUACCAGACGAGAGGUAAAGACGAAGAAUCAGAGAUGUAUUUCUUAUUCUCAGACCAAAGGAAGAUUUCUUGAUAAAUUACGGAUACAGCACAUCAUGUUUACUCUUUCAUUUCAAGUGCUAAAAACAUGUAAUUUAAUUCAUGAUGUAACAGGAAAGUUGAGAAAACAUGAUGCAUAUUACACCAUUUGCAGUUUUCAUCAGACCCAAGCGGUGACAACCAGGGAUGGAUCUAAAUGCAAGGGGUUUGAGUGUAGAUGAGGAAGAGGUUAAAUCAAUAUUAUUCCUUUGUGUGUUUGUGAGCUCAUACUUCAUGUCACUACGGUUAGUGCCCAGUUAAAAAGAGUCUGGAUCUGCCCCUAUGCUUCCACAGAACAGUGAUACCUCAGAGUAUAUAGUCCAGUUGGGUCACCUUGCAUAUUCGUGUUAAGAUACAUAGGAAUGCAGUGACUCAUCAGCCACUGGUAUGACAUGAUCAGUAACAUCAACAGCCUACAGUAUCUCCCCCUUUUCCCCUCCAAGUGCUGACUGUGUGGGAUUUGAGCCUACCUCACGACACAGAUAAUCUCUUCUGCUGCCUCCACACACUGUUGAGUGUCAGCUUUAUUGCAUAACUCAGACACUGCACAUGCAAAGCACACUACUCUAAAACCUUCUGCACUGUGCUGCCUCACUUGGAUAAACUAUUACUUUCUAGUACUCAUACAAAACUACAUAUCCACGCACUCUAGACAGAAAUUUUACUCUAAAAUAUCGACUGGGUUGUUUGGUACAACCAUUCACGUGUCUCCUAGGAGGUAUUGUAACAACUUUGAUGUUCUGAGGUGCAUUUUCCAUGUUGAUCUAAACUCCUACAAAUGGACUAAUCUAGGGGUGAGAAUUCACUUGGAGAACCCUGUUUAUUCAACAUUGCUAUUGUUGAGUCUGCAGGUAAACAUGGUCAAAUGGUUGGGACUGAUGCCAGUAAAGCAAGCACAACCAGCCAUAGGUCCUCCUUACAGGCUGACCUCUAUGUGCCAGUUAUGCAUUGCUCCUGUUUAGUGUUUAUGUGUACAUACAGUACGAUCUCUACUGUGCCCCAUCUAGCUACAAAAUGCCACCUGCUAUCUGUUCUCGUUUACAUCCAAGUGGUAGAGAAUCAUAGAAUUACAUAGUAGCUAGUGGGGAACAGCUUGGGAACACUAACUUGCAUCUCGCUUUUGUUCUUUUUUUUAUCAGGAAAAACUUGUUCUUUUAUUUGAUCAAUGUCCAGUUACCAGCAAACAAGAGUAUUGUUGAUCCUAGAUGGCGGGUUAGUCGGUGGAGAUCUGAUUAGAGCAUCGUGAGUCUUUGAUGAGCUUUGGCAGAGAGUCAUUGCCAGCUUGUAAGACUUUAAUAGAGGUGUUUAGGGCUACAGUUACAAUACCAUGGUGGAUGCCAGUGGGCCCAUUGCCACUUGCCUGUUCCAAAUAUUGAACAGAUAUUAAGCUUGUUUUGCUAUGAGUGAAGCGUCUCUCUAUGUCUAAAAAAUAUUACUCUCUAACUUUUCCUCAUUGUCUUAUUAGUUUUUUUUUUUUUUUUACUUUGCUUCCCUUAGGCUUGUUUUUGCACAUGGCUUCAGUUGUGGAAAAUUCUCUCACCUCCUUGAGAAUCCCUCACACAUCUCUCCCACCUCUGGGGAUUGGCUGUGAAACCGUGAUAUGAAUGAGAGCUCUGUAAAAAUAAACCACAGGAUAGUGUAGCAGCUCACAUCUGGAUGGGAUUGUUUUCUCCAGCAUUUCGGAUCAGUCAUCUUAUUAAAUUUGGAAGUAUUGACAUAGCUGUGGGGAGGCUCUUAUCUUUAAUUUUAGAUGUGUUUUGAUUAAAGUAGCAAAGUUUGUGUUUGAAAGAGACUUUGUAAAAAAUUUUUCAUUAAGACCCAUCAACUACUAAAAUGUGUCCUGCUACUACGCUUGUUCCUGGUCGCCUAAAGUGCUGAAUUGUAUUUUACAGUUUGUUCUCAGGUUUGUUCACCGCUUUUCUGUUGUUUUUCUGUCAGUAAAAACCCAUAUGAUGAAUUGAACCUUAGGUCAAUAUUGAAAGUUAGUUCAGCAGACUUUCACUCUUCGUGUUCGUAGGUUUCAGCUCUUCCACAGUUCAGCGCAGGGUUUUGGUUUCUGUCACCUGUGUGAGGCAUUUAAGGACAAAACAGAGUUAAACUCUCCAUGGCUGCUCGGAUCAUGGGAAUCAGUUUUUCUCACUGUCUCUGGACAUGCUUUGAUACAUGAACAUGUGUCCAGCUAUAAAUAUGUGGAUGAACUCCUAAACUUCCUGUUCACAUCUUCUCGCCUUGAUUGGAUUGUUUAAAGCGGGACAAGCGCUUGUUAACGUCCUGCAUGCAAACAGCAACUAGUUAGCAUGUGUUAGGGUCAUUUAAGUUUAUAAAAGCAUUUGUCUGAUGCUAUAAUUUAGUUUUUUAAUAUAGUUUGUUGAACUUCUGAAAACAAAUGUACAGUGCUGGAAAAGGACUUCUUCAAAGUAAUGUUAGCAAAACAACUAUGCAAAAUUAGAAGUAUUAUCAGCUGAGGAAAUAACAGAAACAGUUACUGGACGCUUCAGCGGAUGUAUAAUUACAUACAGUAUGUUGAAUUUGUAUGCCUUGUUUCCACUUAGGUAUGUGACUUGUGAUCAUAGGCGUGUAAAUAAAUGGAUACACAUGUUUGCAGAUGGAUGGAGUACUGACCGAAACCAGCUGUAACCAUGGGAGAGAAACUGACAUUGUCUUGUUUUCAUGCAGUAACUUAUGAAUCUGAACAUGGAAGCUGUAUUUUGUAACAAUCUGACAAAGACAAUCUGACUGUCUAAGACUCUAUACUAGCAGAAAAAUAGUACUUAAACUCACAACGUGUUAAACCGACAGCCCCAACUCAAAAACAGUGUGGACUCUAUGUCAAAAACUGGCUAAAUCAGAUUUUGAUGGUUCACAGCUCAUUUUUUAUUGUACAUGUGUUAAACAUUAAUUUUUUUUAUUGCAUUUCCCACAAAAAAAAAAAACUUAAUUUGGAGAACAUCUUCUAGCCAACUGUUUUAAUUUUAGGUUUGGGAACAAAAAGGCUCUCGAGAGACGCUGAUCACCACUUUGUGAGAGGCUGCAUUUUGUCACCCUAUUAAAAUAAUUUUUUGAAGAGAAUGAGUUUUUGGCCUUAAUCAUCUUUUUAUCAUCUCAAGAGAUGAUUUAGGCCAAAAACUAAUUUUUGUCAAAAAAUUACUAAUAGGGUGACGAUUUGCAAAAUGUUCAACAAUUUUAGAAUAAUGUUCCUUAGCGUAAAAUUGUAUUUCCAAUUAAAAUAUCCUUUAUUUUUAAUCAAGUAUAGAGUUUUUCAUUUUUUGAAAAUGAGGAUGCCUGUUGGUUCCUAACUAGGAGAGGUAACACACAUUUUAAACACAAAUCAACUUGGAGCACUUUAAAUAGGCACAAAAAAGUCAAAGGUAGAUAAAAUACAUCAAUUGUGAAAUAUAGAACUGGAAUAAAUAAGAAACGUUUGCACACAUAGAGUGGAGAAUGCAGGGUUAUUGAAGUCCAACAGAGAAAAUAAAAGUGUGGCGGGUACAUAAACUCAUCAACCUUUGGUUUCAGCACCUAAAACAUAAACAUCACAAGGCACCACUGCGGUGUAUUGUUUUUUAUAAUAAGGGUCACAUGACAAACAAGGUUGGAAAUCUUUAACAGUGCAUUGAAGUAACUAACUCAAUUUUUCUCUCUGCAAAAUGUUAAUCUGAAGAUGUACUUGUAGUUCUUACUAUGAUGUGAAUGCUGUCAAUAGAAAAUACUACUAAAACUUAAAAUUUGGUGAUGUUUUGAAAGAUGGAAAUAGUCACAUAUAACUCUACUUCAGCGCUUAAAUAAAAAUACGACUAAGUGCUUUAAAUAUUCUGUGAGUUCGUUUUUUCCAGCUGUAAGGUUUUUCUGUGUCGAUUUGCGCAGUUUGUGGUGUGAUCAGUCCUCUGACUAAGCAGAAUCUGCAGGUGGGAUCUGAGUUAUCAUACUCUACAUCAUCACAUGUUUUCUUUUACUCCCUGCAGCACGGGAGAAAACUCAAUUUAUGUAACGACACGUCGUGUGUCCUGAGAACCGUUUAUGUGAGAAUCUGAUGGCAUGUGGCCUCCAAGUUUUACCGCAGCAAGGGGCCACUGCAGGGUCUGACUACCUGUGCAGUAGUCAUGGAAACAUUUACACUCCUUCAGGGCAGCUAAAGCACAAUCCUGUAAGUCGGAGUAGAUCCACUUGCUAGUUGCGCCGGCCAAUCCUUAUCACAACAUCCCUCCAGCAGAGUGGGGCACAGCAGGAUGCAGGAUCCUGCUGCAAAAAAACAGAUCUCCUAUCGCUCACAUGAUCCCUGUCACACCAGAGUGUGGACAAAGAGUAACUGAUCAAUGCACAUGGCGAUUGUUCCCAAUUUGAGGCUCCUUGUCAGGAAGGUAUGCAUGAGAGGGCUUGUCAUGUGAUGUCCCGUCUGGGCUGUAUUUGCAGAACGAGGACUCCCUCUAGUGUUAGUUUGAGUCAAAGGGUCUUAAAUUCAUACUCAAGACUUCUGAUCAGCAGGUUUGGACAUGUAGCAGGGUCACACAAGAAAAAAGGACACUAAGAAAUAGUCCCAGGAGACAAAAAUAACCACAACUUUUUAAGGCACAACAUUUUCCCGCCCGUUAGAUUUGUUCUUGUAUUUUUAUCACUUUUGCACAUUUUUAAUGUCUUUUUUUUCCACAUUUCAGCCAGAGGUUCCUGCUGCUUCAUCACACGGGACUCCUCGCCGUGACGAUGAGGACGAUGGGGACCUGAACAAAGCUUUAGGUGUCCAGCGCUUCCAGCAGAUCCUAAGCCCUGCUUCUGUCAUCCCUGAUGAACAGCACUACAACUACCAUGAGGAGGACAUUGAAUGUAAGAAGCUCAACUAUCCUAGUCAUACAGUAGAAUCCAAAAUUCCUUAAACCAUAGAGUUCGUUAGCUUGCACUUCUGUAUGAAAAUGUAUGUUUCUGCUGUAUCUGUUCCUCAGACCGCCGUCACUCCUCUCACCACAUCCACCGCCCUCUAUCCAAACUGCCCCCUGAAGGACGCAGGAAGAGGAGCAACAAGAAACGGAGGAAGGAGAAAGAUCACAAAAGCAGCCAAGUUCCCGGCAGCGGCCCUAUCGAGGAGGGAGAGGAUGAGGAGGAGGAGGAGGAUGAGGUGACGGAGACGACGUCUGUUCCCUCUGAGUCAGAGAAAUCCAAAGAUGUGGAGGUAAUCGUUUGACAUGGUGAACUUUAGACAGCGUGGAGAAGCAAUAACAGGGACUGAGUCAUAAAUUGUUCUUUCUUCCAAUCUCCUGGAUCUGAAUCAAACUUUGGAUUAUUCCAGAGUUUAAAAAAAGCCUCACAAGAGUACACAAAGUUUGCACUUCACUCUCUAGUUUCAAAAGCAGGAAUCAUUAAGUGUUUGAAGUGAAGUAUUUAUGUUUUUAUGAUUGAAAAGACUUAUUAAUGAUUAAGUAAAGGGGUCACAGUCACUGUUUGAGUCUGCCAUGAGUUGCACAGAGAUGUGGUUUCUCACCCUUAUCGUAAUGGUUUUAAAUCAACCUGCUCACUCCUGUUGUCACAUUACCAUAUUUUCCUCUAUGAAUUUUUCAUUAUCGUCUUAAUCAUUCAUCAGAGGGUUUCAUGGUUGGCUGUUAUCCUGCCUCACUUUACAAGACGGAAUAUAAUCUAAUAAUAACGCCAGUGAACACUUUUUAAAUCUACAGAGCUUGUAGAAUAAGACGGCAAAAAUCUUUUUGUUUUAAUUUGAACUUUUUUUUCUCUUGUUUUAACUGUGGCCUCAUUUUAGCUUUUAACCAAUCUUGAUUGUCAGCAGAUUGAAAAUAAUUUAUUUUUUGUAAAGGAGGACACAAACCUCAACAGAGCAAUCAUAUUGUGCUUGUUGAGAGUGAUUGUAUUGGAUCAGUAGGUGGAGCAGACUCUCGAUAUACUGAGGCUGCAGCUCUUGUUGUGCUCAAAGUUUUGAUUCCUGAUCCCUUCAGUAUUUGAUGCAUGUCAUUCACCACUCUCACUCUCAAGCUAAUUUAUCAUAUUAAGAUGAAAAAGUACAAAAAUUAAUAGAAAAAAGUGAAGGUAUUUCGGAUGAAUUCAAGAAGAGAGAUUUGUGCUUGCUCAUCAGAAAUAGUUUCAGUUUCCCAUUGUGUAUAAUGAAACUUUUAUGCCAGUAUAGGAAAGUAUUAUACAGCUUUUUAAGAUUAAGGCUUGUGCCCAAAUAUGUGUUUUUAUUAAUUUACAGUAAAUGUUUUUAUAUAGACCCAUCUGCACUCACAAAGCUGAUUUAAGGCAAAUAAUAUCUGCAGACAUGGUAAAUAUCCCUGUCAGUGUAGCUGCUGUCUCCCUGUAUAUUUUGUGCAUUAAAAAUCCAUCAUAAAUAUUUUAUCUGCUUAAAUGCACAAAAGUUUUUAGUGUGAAUGGAAAAAAGGGCUUUAUUUUGAAAUUAUUGCACUUAAUUACAUGCAAAAAAAAAUUGGAAACAAUUUGACACCAGCUCUAUGCGGCCAGUCUGCUCUCUUAUUAUCAGGACAGGCCUUGGCCACUGAAAAAGUGAUAUUAGUCAAUCAUCCGUAUGUUGUAAACAUAUCAAUCUUUAACUUUUUUCUUAACCUGGUAUUAAAGGUUCUCUGUUUGAUUUUCUGGUUCAUCAGCUGUCUUUAAAAAUACAGAAACUCUGUGACACUCUGUCUUCUCUCCACAGUUCUUUCUCUCAGACGACGACCAUGUGGCCAAACGUGGCAAAGACAGCCCUCACUCGGCCCGUGAGCUGGACAUCGUUCCUCACUCUGCAGAGGGGGCCGAUCCCGAAGAUGCCACUUCCUCUGAGUGAGUCAGGUUAAGUUCUCCUCAGACCGAAAACAAACCAGUAAAAGGGGCGUGAGGGACGUGUAAUCAUGCUUUACCUGCUGUGAUGAUUGCAUAAUGUGUGUCAGGCACAUGCUCAAUUGGCCAGCGAGGCACACACUGUACGUUACCAUGUCUCAGGCAUCCAGACGGCCUGCUGGGCCCGAUCUGAUGGACCUGAAUAAUCCACUCCUCAGAGACCCAUUCAUCACCUGUCGCUAUAGACGACACAGCACACCUCAGCAGCCCCGGGCUCCCUCUAUGACAUUUACUUUUCCUCUUCAUGAGGCUCUAAUCUGGGCUGGGAUAGAGCUGUGGAUACACCUUGAGCUUGUUUUCAGUCGAGGCAAGGGAAAUGAAGUAACAGUGGAUAUAUUUAACAAAAGGGAAAUCACUGAGGGUUUAAGUUUUUCACUGUCGUGUCAAUCUGUGGACUGCUGACAUUUAAAAAGGGUAAGUUCAAUAUAUCCAUUUCAACAAGGUGUUUUCGUAUUCCUCUUAGCUGUGCACCUUUUCUCACUAAAUGAGCACACUUUUCAUUUGUUUUAGGGAGUUAAAAAUUGAGUUUAUCGCUCUAGGUUUAGAUUUCCGAUUGCACUUUAUUCUGAUUUAGGGGGUCUCAUAAACUGAUCAACUCAAAAUUGAUCACAUGUAUCAACUGUGGAGUGUAAAAGUAGAGCUUUUGAAGUGAAGUGGAGUUGUUAAAAGUCUUGUUCCCACUCUCACAUCCAAAAUGUUUUCCUGAGGUGAAAACAUUUGAUCAGCUAAAGACAUCAAAUCAAAACUAUUUCUGAGCUAUAUUUUGUUUUUCCCUUUCUGCUUUUAUCUAGUGUACCAACCUCACCUGAAGUUUCCAGUCCAGGUCCCCACUUAGCUCCACCUGAACACAUACCGCUGACCCGGGUGUCCUCUGCCAGCCGCAGCUACGACCUGCAGGAGCGCCGGCGCACAGGCAACAUGACGGGUACCGAGCAGGCCAAGUACCAGCGGAUCCCCACAGAUGAGAGCGAGGCUCAGACGCUGGCCUCUGCCGACCUGGAUGGCAUCAAGAGUGAGUACAGAGGAGAGGAUAUUUUUUAUCUAAGAUUAUUUUAUUUUAACAAUGACCGACUUGAAUGAGUAAGAAGUCAUUUGUGUGUUUGGUGUCAAGAUAAUGGGACAUCUUAGCCCCUUUCAGCUCCUUGUUUUGUGUCAGAGUUUGCAAAGUAGCUCGUCUGGGUCACCUGAAAUGACUCUAACAAUAACUUUAUGUUGUGCGUUUAGCUGCAAAGAAGACGAGUAUUAACUCCAAAAUGGUGGAAACCAAAAACAGUGCUAAAACAGUGAGUGUUGAACUUAUAUUCAUAGGAUGGCAUGAUGGCAAGAUGGCACAAAACAUGGCACCAAUUACAUGAUGAUGAUCCUGUUUUUUAUUUCCAUGACAUAUAAACACGACUAACAUUACUCCUUAUGUGUUUUAAAAGGCUCCUUCUAUGUUAAAAACUUAGAUUAUUCACUAAUUUAAACAAAUUUAUGAGGAUUAUAUUCCAUGGCCAUCAAAAAUCACACACUGGACCUUUAAAGCACACAUCGCAGGUCUUGGGUAAUUUAAGUUUUUUUUGUGCAGUAGGCAUCUCAGUGGAAAACAUCUUCAAAACUUCACCAGUUGUGGCUUUCUGAUUGUGUUUUUGUCUAUUUGUCGCUCACUUAUUUUGCUUAAUUAUCACCAGUUAGGCUUCAGCAGUAAUGAAAUUUUGGAUUUGUUGAUGCUCACAUUCCUCCAGAAACAUCAGAGUAAGGGCGCAGGGGCCGCCUCUAGUACCUUCUACAUUGUGUUCAGCUCCCCGCUGCCAACUGACGCUGCUGGCCCCCCCGGCCCAGCUUGGGGUUGUGUCCGAGGCCGAGGAGAUUUACGUCAGGGAUCCGACCCCUCAGCAGAGAGCAGCAGCUUAUCAGAGAGUGUGCUGGACAGGCUCGCAUUAUUAAAUUAGCCGAUCCUGCUGUCAGCUGAGGCCCCUGGACUCGGGCCCAAGCCAACAUGGUGGCUAAUUGUGAAACCUGGACCUUAGUUGAGGACCUUUAAUCAUUAGUGGGCUGAAACAAGGGGAAAAGUUGAGUGGACUUGAAGGUUAAAACAAAGUAGUAGAAGGAUGUAUGGGCGGAAACCAUCCAGAUCUGUGGUCAUUAAAGGGCUUAGAGACACAAAGCCAAGCCCCCCUCAACAUGCUCAUCAUCACGUAUCCUCUGCAUCGUCUUUUAUCUUCUCUCUGCCUCCAUAAAUCAUCCUGGGAAAGUGUCUCCAUCUCUGGCCGCCGCUCAACAACAGGAAUUAUUAGAUCAUUGUCCCUCCCCUUUUGUCUGACCCCGAGCAAAUUUACACCUCUGCUCACUGAUGCAUUCUGAAAAGUUUCAGCCACAGCGAGGUCAGGCGCUGGUCAAGAAGUGGCAACUUUUUCCGAUAUGUCAAAACGCACACACGUCGCACGUUGCAGUUUUACGAGCACGUAGUCAGACAGCUGUGCCAGCGCUUACCCUACGCCCACCACAAAUCCAUGUCGUCCUUCAAAAGCAGUGUGCCAGUCAGGCCUGGUUUGACUCCAGGGGCUGACCAAUACUUAACUCAGACAUCAUGGAGAGACUGGAUACCAGACCCUCCUAGAGAAAGACGUAGAUUUUACGAGUUAUGGUAGAUUAAACAGAAGAGUAGUAGGAGUUUUGGGCAAAAAAAGAUGCAGUUUUUAACUUGAGACUGCUGUUUUGAUUUUAAAUAAUGAGCUAAAACAUUGAUGAAGAAUUAUAAAAACUUCACUGUUUGUUUCGUUGGAUUCUCAGGCUCUGUUGAAGGUAAGACAGCUGGUAUUCUUGAGCCAAAUGUUGCUUAUUUCACAGAUUUUCUCAUACAUUUUCUAUUUUAAGAGGGAUAUUUCAGGUGUGCAUCGUGGUUCCUAAGGUUUUCUUGAUUCUUCGAGCUCAAUCAGACUGUUUUUUUCCUCUGUUGGUCAGUUUUAAGCUCAUCUUCGACAUUGAUUUUUACUCAGUGUGUCAUUACUCUGCCAUCUGCGUAUCUCUCCACAAUCGUUUCAAUACGUGUUGUUCUGCCAGCCUGAGUAACUCUACUCCCUGAUGAGGGACCAGAGAGACAAAAGCUCUCCGGCCGGGCAUUCUGUGACUUGGUGGUUUGAGAUUUGAACUUGUGCUGCAAGGUCAACACAUUCAUGAAUAAUCCUGCAGACUGUAAAGUUUUACAGCUGCUGAUCUUUGGAGGAAUUCACUCCUCAGUUUUUCCAUGUCAACUCAGUUGUCUUAUCUCUCCUCUCUUCUCCACCAGGUCACCGUUUUGAAGAUGUCCCCGGCGUGCGCAGACACCUGGUCAGAAAGAGCACCAAAGGACAGAUGGUGCACAUCGGGAAGGACCACAAAGAGCCGACCACUCGCAGUCGUAAGCAGGACCGGACCCCACAUGAGGUGAGACUCUACAGGACCUGUUGGUCAACACAGACACUGGGAGUACAUCAGCUCAUGCUAUGUCGAGUUCGUACUCUGUUUUCUCAUCAGGAGUAAUCAUCUUCAUGUGUUGUGUUUGCAGUUCUUAUGAGUUAUUAAAACUAGGAAAAUCAAUAUUUCCAGGUGUUGUUAAUACCUCAAAAAUGCAGGUUUUAUACUUUUAAUAGACCACCAACCAUGUUGUAAAAUAAGGGAUAUAUCAGGUAAGGUUGAACUUGUACAUCUUUUCAAAAAUUAAUUUUUUCCUAUCCAGAUCCAAAAAAAUCCAAAAAAAGGCAAAAGUUAAAAAAGUUUCCACCUAUCUACUUUUCUGGUGUCAAUGAAAAGUAAAAUUCUUAAACGGAUAUAGAACAUGCCAAUGUAUGAAAUAUUAGUCUCAAUAUUUAUGUUUGAAAAAAGUGGAUGAGGACUAAAUCUAAGGGCGGUCUUGAGAAAGAGAAACUCUGCUGUAUCUACGGCACAGGAUUAGGAAGGUUGAGAUUUGAAAAUUAAGUCGUAAUGUUUUAGGAAUUAAGUUGUAGAAGAAAAAGACAUGCAAAUUGACAGAAGUUUAAAAUCAAAUAAAAUGAAGGUUGAUUUAACAGCUUAAAAUCUGCUCUUUUAAUCUCACUUUUUUCUUCCCCAUGUUGGCUCUUAAACUCUGUCCUAAAUAUUUUACUUUUUAUUUCAGAGUUAGCUUUUUUCCUGUGAAACUGUCUUUAAAACAAAGCAAAUCCUGGGAAAUGUUUCCUCCUCUCUCUUCCUCUCAAAUGUUGCGCUGCUCUGUCUCUUUUGUGGACGGGAGCUGGAGGGAAGGAGACAAUUAAAAAUGAAUGAAUGAGUUCUUUCCUUUCACACGGAGAGGAAAAAAGGAGGAGAGGAGCGUAGGUAACCGGACACUGGGAGCUCCUGAGAGAGGGAGAGCUAUGUUUUAUUAACACACACACACAUUCUCAUACACAGCUCUAAGCCCCCCUCCCACCCAGCAGCCCCAGUAAACAACAGGUCCCUAUCAGGUGUGUGUGUGUGUGACGACUUACCUGUGUGUGUAAAAGCGAGGGUCCAGUCAUUAGUGAGGCUGUAUUAGUGUUUGAGUCCUCUCCUGCACUGUCUCGCUCCUCCAGCGGUUGCCGGUGGUUGUGUACCGCUCUGCCUCGCGGCUCGAAGGCUUCCUGUUGAACAUGGACGUGGGUCGGAUGGCUCGGUACCAGAAGGUGAGGCUGGGUUUGACCGGCCAGAGUCAGGUUUGACCCGUGUGAGCGUGACUUCCCAGGCAUGCCGCAGGGGUUGUUUGGCACAGGCGACGAAAAAAAGCGACGUUUUCCAGCCUGUUUUUUUCAUCUUCAUUUUACAGGACACUCAGACUGACCAGCAUGGUGUUCAGUUAAUAACUUCUUAACAGAUACUUGAUGCCAGGAGGGCUGAGAGAGGCAGAUUUCGCUCCUUCUUUUCACUCCUCCUCAGCUGUGUUUGUGUGUUUCUUGAAUUCUGGCGACACAGAAAGAUCUUGUAUUUGUGUGCUGAGUGGAUUAAAUUAAAAACUCUGAUUUCUGAUGAGCAUGAAGUCUGUUUUCAGAUGUUGGCGUGCAGAACACUUCACUACAGUCUAAACUACUUAACCAAUAAAGUAAUAUAAUAAACUGCUCAUAAAAAGUGCAUUGACAGCAAAAGAUAUUUGGCACGUGCUGAAAGUGCAUGUUGUUGUGUAAAUAAAACAGAAUUUCUUGCCCGUAUCUCACUAAAACCCGCACACGUCCCCGUUUAAAUUUAUUCACAGGUUUUUGUGGAGCUGAAUGAGCUGACGAUGGAUAAAAACCAGGAGCUGCAGUGGAAGGAGACGGCUCGAUGGAUCAAGUUUGAGGAGGACGUGGAGGAAGAGACUGACCGUUGGGGGAAACCUCACGUAGCUUCGCUGUCUUUCCGCAGUUUGCUGGAGCUCCGUAAAACCAUCUCUCACGGUAAAUUAGAAUUAAGUGUGGUCACUUGAAAACCAUCCAGUGAAUGAAUCUGUUCAGAGAGGGUGAUUUUUUUUCCUUUCCCUCAUUUGUGUGUGUCUACAGGGGCUGUGCUGCUGGACCUGGACCAGAAGACCCUGCCUGGCAUUGCCCACCAGGUGGUGGAACAGAUGAUCAUUUCUGAUCAGAUCAAAGCCGAGGACAGAGCCAACGUCCUGAGGGCCCUGCUGCUGAAACACAGGUGACUUUAAGGAUCAGACGGUAGCAACAAGCACUGAUGGGUCUUAUUGAAUAUAUAGAGGCAGGUCCGGCUUUGCUGGUAGUCGUACUUUGGUAAAACUUGGCCUUGCUGGAUAAUUCAAGCAAAAAUAUCAAACUUUAAAGUUUGCUUCCAGUAUCCUUAAACAAACGCAUUUUAAAUUUUUUGUCCAAUCAUUUUAGCAGUUUCACUCGAGGUUUUUAGGUGUAGAAGAGCUUUGUUGAAAGGAUGCUGAGGUAAAAAAUGCAGUUCCCCAAGUGUCCACAAGAGGCCGGCUGCUUUUUUUCCUUAGUAACUUAUUUUUAUGAAUACAAAACAUUUCAACAUCACAUUUGAUUCAAUUAUAUCAAGAGCAAGACUUUUAUAAAUGUGUCCCUGGACCACAUCUCUAGGACCCGUGUGCUGUUGUGACAGUCAAAGUUUGGAUUAGGGUUUUACAGUAAAAACUGCCAUAUCAGAUACUUUCAUGUGGUUCUUGGCGAUCCAGUGCAGUAGGUGGUACUUUGGGAGCAACAAAGGUCUUAGAAUUGCAGUCCUGAAUCUGCACGCUUCAGGAUCUGCAGACACAUGCAACCAAAGAUAGAAGUGCAGCUCGGUCAAGUCCACUUUAGCUCCCCCUCUUUACCUGUUGAGCUUAACCAAAAGUAGUCAAAGUUGUUCUGAAAACCAGAUCAAAACAUGUUGUGGCAGGUUUGUUUGUAUUUUACUGUUUUAUUUUUGCAUAAUCUCAUGUUCUUUAUGCUCUUAAUGUUCUGUUUUAGUCUGUAAACUACUUUGCUUCAUGUAUGAAUGGUGCAUUACAGAUAAGCUCCUCUUCCUUUGCUUUAACUUCAGUGUCACAUGUGUGUACUUUGACUAAAAAAGCUAAUACUAGUUAAAAGUGUUGAUUGCUGGCAGUAAUCUCUGUAAGAAGAUGAGCAGUGUUCAAACUGACUCUUUCCUCGCCGCUGUGCGCCUGCUACUAUUAGAUGGCUUCCAUCCUGGUCGCUGCCUCUUUUCCUCCACCUCCACCUCACCCUCUCUUUCCCUACCUCCCAUAGUCACCCGAGUGAUGAGAAGGAGCACAGUAGCCCUUUCCCCAGGAACAUCUCUGCAGCCAGCCUGGGCAGUCUGAUAACACACAACCACAGCGCCAAUCACAGCCAUCAGACCGAACCGUCGGUGACCGACCCGCUCAUGGGAACCAUCCACGCAGCGGGGGAAAUGGACACACGCAUCGACAUGGAGAAGAACGAGGUGCAGGUGAGUUGAGAGCUGGACUGUUUGAAAUAUCCUGGACACCUCCAUCUUUAAUACCCUGAUUUUGAUUUCGUUGCUCUCCGUUUGCAGCAGAAGGAGCCGCCUGUCCCACACGGCAUGCAUCGGUCCAAAUCUAAACAUGAGCUGAAACUGCUGGAGAAGAUUCCAGAAGAUGCUCAGGCUACUGUUGUCCUCGUGGGUGAGUAAAGAUUAAAAUAAAACCCCACAUUAAUUUCUGUUUGGUGCUUUCUGUUUGUUAAAUGUUCAAUUCUGUUGUCCUCCAGGCAGUGUGGACUUUCUGGAGCAGCCCACCAUGGCGUUUGUGCGGCUGCAGGAGGCAGUGGAGCUGGAGUCCGUCCUGGAGGUGCCCGUGCCGGUCAAGUUCCUCUUCGUGCUGCUGGGACCCCCCACCACAAGCAUGGACUACCACCAGAUAGGACGAUCCAUCUCUACGCUCAUGUCUGACAAGGUGAGGAAGGGGCUAGAUGAGUAUUUGUCUGUCUUAUUUUUAACCGUCUAUGUUCAUUGACUGUUUUUAUACCUGAAUCGCCAUCUAGCAAUUCCAUGAGGCGGCCUAUCAGGCAGACGACAGGCAGGACUUGCUGAACGCCAUCAACAGCUUCCUGGACUGCAGCAUCGUGCUUCCGCCUUCAGAGAUGGGAGGAGACGAGCUGCUGCGCUCAGUGGCUCGCUUCCAGAGGGAGAUGCUGCGAAAGAGGGAGGAGCAGGGGGUCAAACUCUUGGCCAAAGAGCCGAAAAGCCUUGAAGAGAAAGGUGAGCGUGUCUUCAGAAACUCAAAUGGAGCUUCAGUUAUUGUUUUACUGCUUGUUGACCUGCUCCGUCCAUUUCACAGAAGCUCUCCUCACACCUUUAAAAAAGUCGGACGACCCCUUGGAGCGCAGCGGACGCCCUUUUGGCGGGCUGAUUCGAGACGUGCGACGCCGUUACCCGAAGUACAUCAGCGACUUUAAGGACGCCCUGAACAGUCAGUGCAUGGCUGCCGUCAUCUUCAUCUACUUUGCAGCUCUGUCUCCAGCCAUCACAUUUGGAGGUUUACUGGGUGAGUUAAACACAAAAGGAGAGUCCGGUUACACUUCAUUACCGUCUCACAUGUCAGAUCUCUUUCAUGGUUUUGUAUUGAUGGUCCAGUCUGUUAUUUAUUGAAGACACCCUGAACCCUAAUGGGUGUUAAUCACGGUGUUAAUCUUGUCUUUGUGUUGCCAGUUGAGAAGACAGACGGUCUGAUGGGUGUUUCUGAGCUGAUCGUGUCCACAGCGGUCCAGGGUGUGAUCUUCUGUUUGCUUGGGGCGCAGCCACUGCUUGUUGUGGGCUUCUCGGGACCUCUGUUGGUUUUUGAAGAAGCUUUUUACACCGUAAGUAAAAGAUCGAUGAAAGAGGGAGCGAACCGGCCUAUUUUGUUUGGCGAAGAAUAUCCCAAAAAUAUCCAACAUUACUUUUAUAUUUUUAAAGGUUCUGAGUUAUAAUGACUCCAUGAGUUUGUCCCGUUCGUAUGUAAACGUAUUUCCUGUGAGGAAACUGUUUCACUGUCUAACAUCUACAACCCAACAGUGGAGUCACCAGACAUUCAUUUGAGUCCACUUAUCUUAUUGGACCCUGAUCUUGGUAUACUUCAUGGAGUUCUUACAAAAUUUCCAAGCUUGGCCUGCAUCAUUUGUUUGUUUGUUUUUGUUUGUUUGUUUGUUUGUUUCUUUGUUUUUUUUGUAAUUUAUUUUUUAUUGACAUUCAGAAUCAGACAUUCACAAUAUAUACAUCAUGUAGGCAUACUUCCUAAAUCCAUUUUCUGCCCUAAAUGCCAAAACUAAAUUUUAGUUUAUAUCAAAAUAAUGUAAAGAAAAACAAACAACCAUAACAACAACAGUCAUUAAAUUAAAAAAUAUAUAUAUACAUGUAUCAGUAGGGAGUAAUCUUUCUUAUACAUCAUGGCCACUGGUUUGUGAAAAUAAAAUCUGGCCUAUGAGGCGUGACAUUUUUUUUAAAUAUAAUUUUUAUGUAUGAGAUGCUAGUAUACAGUUCCACUUCAGAGAGGUACAAGUUCUUUCCUUUUUAACUUUGAACAUAUAUGGAGCAAGAAUACCCUUCCUCCCCCAACCCCCAAAUCUCCCAUCCGGCCAGAUAACAUUCAGAAAAUAGACAAAACACUUACAAAACAGACAGAAAAUAAAAUAUAAAUAAAUGUACAUAUAUAUAUAUACAUACACAUAUCAGUAAACAUGACAACAACAACAGUAAUUAAAAUAAAUAUAGGGAUCAAUAAUUUCAAAAAGAGGGAAGAAAGCAGGAUAUUAAUAAAAAUAAUUAAAUAAUAAUAAAUUAAAAAAUAUAAAAUAAUAAUAAUUAUAAGGUUAAAAAUGAAAAAUUCUGCUGCUUGUGUCUUGGAUUCCAUGAAGCUCGAGCUAUCAGGGCGUGAUCUUCUGCUUUUAUCUUCUCCAUUUUAUAAAUGUCCAUGGUAAUGUCCAUCUGUAUAUUUAAGGUUGGGCUCUCCUGUAAUAGCCAUUUCCUGGUAAAACUCUUGCCUGCAUCGUUUGUUAAUCUAAUAUUCUACAAAGGAAUUUAAGAAAUGACUCGUAAUCAGAUUUGUGAUGCCUGCUGUGACAGUUUGUCAGUAAUUAAGAGAGUUUUUCGACUUUGUGUUUUUACAGUUCUGCAAAGCGAACGACAUCGAGUACCUAACAGGCCGUGUGUGGAUCGGGUUCUGGCUCGUCAUCAUCGUGAUCGUCACCGUGGCCUUCGAGGGAAGCUUCCUGGUCCGCUUCGUCUCCCGCUUCACCCAGGAGAUCUUCUCCUUCCUCAUCUCCCUCAUCUUCAUCUGCGAGACCUUCAUCAAGCUCGGCAAGGUACGGCUCAGACUUGAAAUACCAGCCUCUCAUUAAGAAAAACGUUUUUGUUUGCACGCUGCGAUUCAUGUCGCAGACACUAAGCUGAACAGACUGAUCUUUGGAGGACUUUCAAACCUCUGGGUCGAAAUGAGUGUGUUGUUCUAGCAAGAGAACCUGAAAUCUUUUGGGACUGAUCGGCCCUGAAAGUUUAUUGGAUUAUGGGAUUUUUCCAGGUUUGUGAUUUUGGAGGGUUUGCUUUUUUUUUCAUUAAUGGCAGGAACUUGAAAGGCUAAAUCUCAUUUUCCAGGAAGUAUGGAUGUGGUACCUUCAUAUAAUGAUAAAAAACUCAUCCCUCAGGAAACAUAAUCACAUGUGUUUGUGUCUGUUUGUGUGUAACCUCAUGUGAAUUAUUAAGCAGUAAUUUGAACCUUCUGUGUCGUUGGGCAGAUUUUCAAAGAUCACCCGCUGAAACGCUGCUCCCUAGACAACAGCACAGGAGGGGACGCCUCAGCAGAAAAUAUCACACUGAUGCUGAGCAACGACACGUCACCCGUGCCCGGGAAAGUCGUAGGGGAGCCCAACACCGCGCUGCUCUCUCUGGUUCUCAUGGCAGGAACUUUCUUCAUCGCUUUCUACCUGCGCAAGUUCAAGAACAGCGCUUUCUUCCCAGGAAGGGUGAGACGAUGCACAAAGUCAACCCUGAAUAUAAACCUUAAGUAUAAACUUUUCACAGGUACAGAUGAACGAGAGUCAAAAAAUACCUCCCUGACUGACAAAAUAUAGUAAAACUAAAGACCAAAUCUCCUUAAAUUCAUCACAAACCAAAGUCGACAUGACAGAGGCGUCAAAAAGACUUUGGCGAGUGAGUCUUUUAAAGAGAACAUAAAGCUACUGUUGCUGAGCUAAAACACCGUUUUGUUUUCAGUUUCGCAGGAUGAUCGGAGACUUUGGCGUCCCAAUCGCCAUCCUCAUCAUGGUCCUGGUGGAUUACUGUAUAGACGACACAUACACACAGGUAAGACUCGCACACUCUCGCCUCUGUUUGCAGUAAUAAUGAUGAAGGUUCACUGAUGAUGAUAAGUCUCCCUAUUUCCUGUCCUCUUACACACAGAAACUGAGUGUUCCUCGAGGUUUCUCCGUGACAAGACCUGACAAACGGGGCUGGUUCAUCAGUCCUCUGGGCACAGAAAGCCCGUUCCCCAUCUGGAUGAUGUUCGCCUGCUGUUUGCCGGCCCUGCUGGUUUUUAUUCUUAUAUUUAUGGAGACACAGAUCACAACGUGAGUUACACUGCAAGACUGAUAAGCCCGAACAUGACUCAAAGAAGUUUUUUAUCCUGUUAUGAAAUUAUGAGACUGAGUUACAAUGGUAAAAGUCCAAAUAUAGACAUGUCAUAAUGAAUAUUAAAUAUAUUUGUAUAUGUGAAAGACAGCGUUUGAAUGUAUUUUAAAUAAGAGAGCACGCUAAAUCAAGAUAAAAUGGAGCAUAGUGCUAGUUCAGGCAGGCCAUGCAAUCAAACUCAGCCCACAAUAUGUCAGCUCGUCCUAAUACCAGCCUAUAACAGCUGACAGCUCAGCUAAUCACCCCCUCAUUUUGCAAACUUCCUCCACAAACCGUUUUGCAAUCUGUCUUUGCUGCUGCUCCCCCUGCCUUGUUUUCUAUGCCAGUAGAGAGGCAGGAAGUUCCCGCCAAAUCAAACUCGUUGCAUGUAAAUCAUCACUUCUCUGUGAUUGAAGUGGUGGUUUUAGUGUGUCUUAUCUUCCCUCUUCAUCCUCCUGUAGUUUGAUCGUCAGUAAGAAGGAGCGGAUGCUUGUGAAAGGUUCUGGUUUCCAUCUCGACCUGCUGCUAAUCGUGGUGCUGGGCGGCUGCUCCGCUCUGUUCGGCCUGCCGUGGAUGGCGGCCGCGACCGUUCGCUCCGUGACCCACGUCAACGCCCUCACUGUCAUGAGUAAGGCCGUCGCUCCUGGAGACAAACCUCGAAUCCAGGAGGUGAAAGAGCAGAGGGUCACCGGGCUCCUGGUCGCCAUCAUGGUUGGUGAGUGUCACAGAUUUUUAAAUUCAUGACCUCUCUUUUCCUGCAGAGAGGGGAACUUAGCGUUUAAGUCUUUGUUUCUGCUCUCCACAGGUUUAUCUAUCGUGAUAGGAGACCUGUUGCGUCAGAUCCCCUUGGCGGUCCUGUUUGGUAUCUUCCUCUACAUGGGAGUGAUGUCGCUGAAUGGUAUCCAGCUCACUGAGCGGAUGAUGCUGCUGCUAAUGCCACCAAAGUACCACCCUGACCACACCUACGUACGAAAGGUGAGAUCGAAAGAAUACCAAACUGUGAAGAAGUCCUGAGGUGUAAAAGCAACAUGACCACAAAUCCUCCAAGCGAAUCUCAGCUUGACCAAAAAACUUGAUCUUGUAUCUCAGAAGUGUCUGUGACAGAUUUUCUUCACCAAUUCUGUUCCUUGCAGGUCCGUACUCUACGUAUGCACCUGUUCACCUGCAUCCAGGUGGUGUGUUUGGCGGUGCUCUGGGCCGUUAUGUCGACUCAGGCGUCUCUGGCUUUCCCCUUUGUCCUCAUCCUCACCAUCCCUGUCAAGGUGUUCCUGCUGCGCCGCAUCUUCACAACCAGAGAGAUCGCAUGUGUAAGUUUACCGCAGUCAAAGUCAGGACUAUGAGACGGAUCCUAUAUUCAAAAGAGGGGAGGGAUUUUUGGACUCUGUUAUUUUCAAAAUUGGAGAAUUUCUUAAAGAGGGACCAAUGACUCCCGUAUUUUUUGUUGCUGCCUUUUUCUUUUUCUUUUGUUUAUUUAUUUAUUUACUAACUUUCUUAUGUUUUUUUAUUUUAUGCACUUGUCUGAUUCUGUUCUCUUUAUUUAUUAGAUAUAGAUAUAUUUAUUUAUUUUAUUUUAUUCUUUUUCUUUCGGUUCUGUAUCCCAAAGGAAUAAUGAGAAGGGUAGGAAAUUAUGUGGUUUAAAAAAAAAAAAAAAAAAGACAAAUUUUUUUUUGUUUGUUAUAAAAAUAUGAAAUUAAAAAAUUGUUUAUUAAAAAAAAAAAUUAAAAAAAUGUUUUGCUCAAAAAAAAAAAAAAAAAAAAGAGGGGAGGGACCACACAGCGAGAAGAUGUUGUUUCAUCAUUUUUAUCAAGCAAUGUAAAUAUUAAAAAAUGUCCAAAAUAAACAUCCUUUCGUUUCUUCUCCAGCUGGACGCCGACGACGCCGAGCCGAAGUUUGACGAGCGCGACUGUCACGAUGAGUACUCAGAGAUGCACAUGCCCGUGUAACCCAUGACAAGCCUUCGUCUCACCACUGAACUCUUAGCGAACACCUGAAUCUGUCUUGUCACACCACCAACCGAUGAGCCUAUAAAAGGUCAAACACUCACAUGAUCCCACCUCACUGUGCACCGCCGGACUUCUUUUCAAUCACUGAACGUGGAGUACACUGUGUCGGGUGUUUGGUUGGUUUGUUUUGUGGUGAAUCUUCAACAGUUUUUUUUGUGGUGGGCUCCGAGAACAAACUCCGACUGAGGAGGUCAAGCAAAGUGUUCGUGUAUAACAUACUUUUUAAAUAUAUAUUUCAGGGGACAAGAGAUUCCAAAUCAAAUGAUCUCGAGUUAAAAUGAAACGCUCUAACAGUAGUUAAAUUCACAAGAUUAAUUUUUUAGCCCUGAAAGGUUGCUCUGAUUCACAUUGAAUAUGUGGAGGAUAAAUGGGAUUUAUUAUUUUAUAUUAACAUGCUGAGUUACUGCUAUACUAGCUUGUCGCUUUUUUUCAUGUUUUAAGCUCACCAAGCGCCUUACGAAGAAAAAGGUGUACUGAGAGGUGUUUAUUUUUUUCCUCAUUCUGUCUUAUUGUAGACAGCCGAUCACUUUACCCGCCUCCUGAAGCUUGUAGCACUUUUUAAAGACACCAAAUCUGAAGAAUGACUGUAUUUUAUGUGAUCAUUUUAUCCCCUAGAGUCUACCUAAAUCCCUUAAAAUAUCAGUGUUGCUUAAGUGUGCUUCAUAAAUGACUAUCUGUGUUUGAUUUUUUUAGCCUAUCCUACUCGUAUCAUGCAAUUUUUAUGUACUCAAAUGCAGCAGUUUAGACGUCACUUGGGCUUUUCUGUCAGAUUCUGUGCCUGCAGUAAAACAAGAUCACCAGCAGAGGGAGAUCUUGCAGGAGUGUGAUAACGUACCAAAAAUAGGACAUAAAGAUUCAGUUUUCUAUCAAACCUAUGCCAUGAAAUCAUGUUUUGUUUUCAUAACACACUUUAAAAUAGAAGGUUAACACAUUAAUAUAUACUCUUCAUGUCUCCACACACAGGUUUAGAGCACUAAUGUACUAAAGUAGGGAUUUUUUCAGGUGUGGUUGAUUAUUGGGAGUCACUGUAAUUUAUUGGUUUCUUUGUCCGAGUGCCAAAAGUCUGCUGUAAAUAGUUCGGUGAUCAGAAUUAUAAGCUGCAGUCCAGCCAUCUCACAUCUACUAAUGUUGCUGUUAGUCUGAAAUAACAAAAUCCACAAUACAACAUUCCUCAUUUUAUUACCUUGCUGUUUCUUUUGGCUUCGACUUAUUUCAUUCUCACUCAUGUCAACUGGGUUGACCAAAUUUCCACACAGCGCUGUGUAGACAAUCUCAAUAUUCAUGCAACACUGAGAGGGAAGGAUUUUAAAUCUCUAUCUAUCUAUGUAUUUUUCUUUUGUUUUUGUUUUGUGUCAUGUUGUAUCAGUGUGACAUGGAUUGGUUAAAGCUUUGACUGUGUCAAAUAAUUAAAAUUUUUGGUCCUGUUACUCUCAUUGGUGUAUAUCAGACACUAAUCUCCCCCCCCUUUCUGAGCUGUCCUGUCUCAGCCUGACUGAUGCUGCGAUCUUGUGCCUGUUUGCUGUCACGAAGGCGCACAAAAUCAAAGUGCCUGUGGGACCAUGAAGUGAUCCGCUACAAAUGUGUGUGUGUGCUGUGUUUGUGAAGACGACAAACGUGUUACAGUAGUUUGCACUUUAGUGACGCCUUUAAAUCAAACAUCUUUCCAUUAUUUCUCCGUUGCGAUGUGACGCAUUUUUGCUGUUUCUGAAGGAUUAUUAGGAGUUCAUUGUAGAUUACACACACAUUUAGGUGCAUUAUUGCCAUGGAAAAUGAAGGGGGUGUUAAAGAGCGGAUAACUGUGUCUGUUUUGUGUUUGCUUAUUGUGUCUGUGAAUGAAGUAAAGGUAGAGUGUGUACGCCAAAGUAUCUGUCAACGUCGUGAAGUGCUUAUCCACCAUGCUGUUCCAUUCAAAAGCAAUACAAAGUCAGAGGGACGUUGUUCACGCUCCCUCGUGCAUUAAAUGGUAAAAAUAUUGAUGAGAAAUAAAAGUUAUUUUCUAUUUAUCCAUCAGUCUUGUUUGCUUUGUUUUUAAGAAAUGCAAAUAGUCAUGCAAUGCACAUGGACGUCACUUCUGAUCACAAAACUCAAAAAAGAUCAAACACGUGCAGUAACACCAAAACAAACAAAUAUAGAUAUCAUAACAAGAAAAUGCUCAUAUUCAGAAAAUCCAAGUAGAAAUAGAAAUGCCUAAAGUUAAAAGCAAACACUACAAAAAUACACUGAUACAGCAAAAUACAGCAGAUCCAACAAAACACAGAAGUGAAACCUAAAUAAAAUGCAGAAGUGUUUUGAAAGGGAGAAGCAGCAAGAGAGAGUGAUGAGUCUUAAACACAUACAGUAUACAACACAACAAUCAGUCGAUCUUUAUUUAUAUGGCGCCAAUUCACAACAAAUGUUAUCUCAAGAUGCUGACACAAACGGAGCUGGUCUAGACCAAAGUUUUCAUUACAUUUACAAAGUUCCACAUCAAGAUGGGAUAAGUCCUAUCUUGUAAGAUCAGACAAACUCUGAUCACAUCUUUAUCUUCACGAGGAUUUAGCAAGUUACACUGAGGAGGAAAAACUUCCUACACCAGGCAAUCCAGACUCAUGUUAGACAGUCGUCUGCUGAGACUGAAGGGGAAAAAAUUGAUGGUGCUAGUUAGCAUUAGCAGAAAGUGUAAUAAUAACAGAGAUGCUGGUGCUAGUUAACAUUAGCUUGGCACGAAUAACUUGGUGAAUUUGUACGAUUCAUGUCAUUUGCACUGCCAGGGUAGUGCAAGCGUCUAAUCGCAUCUUUGCAUUGACUUAACAUGCAAUUCAUUCGCGCAAAUGAUUUUACUCGCACUUGGUGUGAACGCCCCAAAAGAAAAAAGUGUGUCAAAAAUAAGCAAACUUAAAGCACCUGUGGGUAACUCUCAGUCUGUGUUGACUCUGUCCUCUUUCUUCAGCGUACAGCAGUUCCACAUCAGUGGUCUCAAUUGCUUUAAAGGGAUAUUCCAUUAUUUUUUUUAUCAUUUCCUUGAGGUAAUAAUCACCAUAUUAAUCAUUUUGCACUAGAGACGCGGUCAUUUCUAUCUUAGCAUCUCGGUCUGAUUGCAUUUCCAUGAAGAAAUUAUCAUAAAUGUUCUUCCUUGAGCUGCGUCACCCCGCUGCAGUCCGUAAUGGACUGGCCUAUGGUCUCGCUACAAACAAGCAGCUGCUGGAGGAGAGUGGGUAAGUUGUGUUUAGUCUCUUUGCCACAGAAAUUAGGAAAAGUUAAAAAGAUGUUUGGUGGCUAGUGCUGUAGCUAGAACCCUAUAUGUCCUGUUGAUGAAGUUAGGUGCUGUUCUGAGCAUUAUUUGUGUCUAUAGAGUGGUGUUUUGUUUGAGGUUUGUUUAUGGCUCCUCAGACCACUGUGUAUUGCUAUCGUGCAGUCAUUACCAAAAUUGGUAUAACUAGAGAAGCAAGUGGCAACAUUCAUCUCUCGAGGGGGUGUCUAACUCUGUGUUUUCGACCCUAAAUUAAUUUUAUUCUGGAAUAUCCCUUUAAUACAUCAUAGAUAUGAACCACCACUCAUUUCAGUCUGUUUCAUAACUCAUCAAAACUUCUCACUG